AUGAUGGCGGCCCAGAUCGCGGAGCGGCUGACCGGCCAGGAGGAGGAGAUCCGCCAUUUGAGCGCUGAGAUCGGCCGGUUGCUGGAGCUGGGGCUGAGCGGCACGGUGCAGUGUGACCCCAGCCCGGCCUUGCAGGAGCUCCGGGCCGAGAACGACAAACUCAAAUACCGCAUCGCCCACCUGCAGCGCAGCCUGGAGCGGGAGCUGGGCGGGCCGGAGAGCGGGCCGGGGGGGCCGGGGAGCGGGCCGGAGCCGGACAGCCAGGGGCCCCAGGACACAGAGCAGCCGAAGGCCGCAGCCCCGGGGGGGGACAAUCAGGUGAGGAGGCCGGUCAUUUCAUACAGGCUGGGGGUGGCCAUAGGGUAAGAAAUCCCAUGGCUGUCAGCGGGGAACUACAACUCCCAGCAUGCUUUGCCAGCCUUCACACUGACUAAGCAUCAUGGGAGUUGUAGUUCUCCACUGCAGUGUGGGGGGUGUAUAUAUAGUCUAUGGCCACUCCAGGUUUAUUGUAUUAAUCCCAGUGUGUGUCCUGCUCUCACUGCCCUCACUGCAUGGCCUCUGCUUGCAGAGCUUGAUAUCCCCCUACAUGGCGCUGACAUACAGCAUGGUGCAGCUCAGUGACCCUGGCGGCCAUGGGUGACAGUCACACUCAGUACAGGGCGCUAUCAGGGGAGCUGGCCAUGGGUGACAGUCACACUCAGUACAGGGCGCUAUCAGUGGAGCUGGCCCUGGCAGCCGUGGGUGACAGUCACACUCAGUACAGGGCGCUAUCAGGGGAGCUGGCCCUGGCAGCCGUGGGUGACAGUCACACUCAGUACAGGGCGCUAUCAGGGGAGCUGCCCCUGGCAGCCGUGGGUGACAGUCACACUCAGUACAGGGCGCUAUCAGGGGAGCUGGCCCUGGCAGCCGUGGGUGACAGUCACACUCAGUACAGGGCGCUAUCAGGGGAGCUGGCCCUGGCAGCCGUGGGUGACAGUCACACUCAGUACAGGGCGCUAUCAGGGGAGCUGGCCCUGGCAGCCGUGGGUGACAGUCACACUCAGUACAGGGCGCUAUCAGGGGAGCUGGCCCUGGCAGCCGUGGGUGACAGUCACACUCAGUACAGGGCGCUAUCAGGGGAGCUGGCCCUGGCAGCCGUGGGUGACAGUCACACUCAGUACAGGGCGCUAUCAGUGGAGCUGGCCCUGGCAGCCGUGGGUGACAGUCACACUCAGUACAGGGCGCUAUCAGGGGAGCUGGCCCUGGCAGCCGUGGGUGACAGUCACACUCAGUACAGGGCGCUAUCAGGGGAGCUGGCCCUGGCAGCCGUCUGUGACAGUCACACUCAGUACAGGGCGCUAUCAGGGGAGCUGGCCCUGGCAGCCGUGUGUGACAGUCACACUCAGUACAGGGCGCUAUCAGUGGAGCUGGCCCUGGCAGCCGUGUGUGACAGUCACACUCAGUACAGGGCGCUAUCAGUGGAGCUGGCCCUGGCAGCCGUGUGUGACAGUCACACUCAGUACAGGGCGCUAUCAGGGGAGCUGGCCCUGGCAGCCGUGGGUGACAGUCACACUCAGUACAGGGCGCUAUCAGGGGAGCUGGCCCUGGCAGCCGUGUGUGACAGUCACACUCAGUACAGGGCGCUAUCAGUGGAGCUGGCCCUGGCAGCCGUGGGUGACAGUCACACUCAGUACAGGGCGCUAUCAGGGGAGCUGGCCCUGGCAGCCGUGGGUGACAGUCACACUCAGUACAGGGCGCUAUCAGGGGAGCUGGCCCUGGCAGCCGUGGGUGACAGUCACACUCAGUACAGGGCGCUAUCAGGGGAGCUGGCCCUGGCAGCCACACUCAGUACAGGGCGCUAUCAGGGGAGCUGGCCCUGGCAGCCGUCUGUGACAGUCACACUCAGUACAGGGCGCUAUCAGGGGAGCUGGCCCUGGCAGCCGUGUGUGACAGUCACACUCAGUACAGGGCGCUAUCAGUGGAGCUGGCCCUGGCAGCCGUGUGUGACAGUCACACUCAGUACAGGCUAUCAGGAGCUGGCCUGGCAGCCGUGGGUGACAGUCACGCACUCCAGUACAGGGCGCCCCAUCAGAGCUUCAGCCCUGGCAGCCCGUGGUGAGCAGUCACACUUUCAGUACAGAGGCGCUAUCGGGGAGCUGGCCUAGCGGCCGUGGUGACAGUCACACUCAGUACAGGCGCUAUCAGGAGGCUGGCCUGGCAGCGUUGGUAACCAGUCACGCUCGGUACAGAGCUAUCGGUGGAGCUGGCUGGCAGCCCGUGGUGACAGUCACGCCUCGAGUACAGGCGCUAUCAGAGCUGGCCCUGGCAGCCGUGGGUAGUGAUCACUCAGUACAGAGCUAUCAGGGGAGCGGCCUGGCAGCCACACUCAGUACAGCGCUAUCAGGGGAGCUGGCCCUGGCAGCCGUCUGUGACAGUCACACUCAGUACAGGGCGCUAUCAGGGGAGCUGGCCCUGGCAGCGGUGUGUGACAGUCACACUCAGUACAGGGCGCUAUCAGUGGAGCUGGCCCUGGCAGCCGUGUGUGACAGUCACACUCAGUACAGGGCGCUAUCAGUGGAGCUGGCCCUGGCAGCCGUGUGUGACAGUCACACUCAGUACAGGGCGCUAUCAGUGGAGCUGGCCCUGGCAGCCGUGGGUGACAGUCACACUCAGUACAGGGCGCUAUCAGGGGAGCUGGCCCUGGCAGCCGUGGGUGACAGUCACACUCAGUACAGGGCGCUAUCAGGGGAGCUGGCCCUGGCAGCCGUGGGUGACAGUCACACUCAGUACAGGGCGCUAUCAGGGGAGCUGGCCCUGGCAGCCGUGGGUGACAGUCACACUCAGUACAGGGCGCUAUCAGGGGAGCUGGCCCUGGCAGCCGUGGGUGACAGUCACACUCAGUACAGGGCGCUAUCAGGGGAGCUGGCCCUGGCAGCCGUGGGUGACAGUCACACUCAGUACAGGGCGCUAUCAGGGGAGCUGGCCCUGGCAGCCGUGGGUGACAGUCACACUCAGUACAGGGCGCUAUCAGGGGAGCUGACCCUGGCAGCCGUGGGUGACCGUCACACUCAGUACAGGGCGCUAUCAGGGGAGCUGGCCCUGGCAGCCGUGGGUGACCGUCACACUCAGUACAGGACGCUAUCAGGGGAGCUGGCCCUGGCAGCCGUGGGUGACCAUCACACUCAGUGCAGGGCGCUAUCAGGGGAGCUGACCCUGGCAGCCAUGGGCGACAGUCACACUCAGUACAGGGCGCUAUCAGGGGAGCUGGCCCUGGCAGCCAUGUGUGACAGUCACACUCAGUACAGGGCGCUAUCAGGGGAGCUGGCCCUGGCAGCCAUGUGUGACAGUCACGCUCAGUACAGGGUGCUAUCAGGGGAGCUGACCCUGGCUUAGUUACAGUCUGUUAAUCCAUUCAGUCUAAUUCUGGAGUGUGACAUACAGGGAGAUAGUGUUACUUGCUGGGGCACACUGUAAGACUAUACUUCUAUUGUCUGCAAACCUCACAGAUUUAUUUUUUAAUUAAAAAAAAAAUUUUCUUUUCAAAUAAUGGGUUUGUGCAUAAUAAUGACAACCCUGAGAAAACACUUCUCAUAUUGCUAGUUUUAUUAUGAAGCUGUCCUUUAAGGAAUGCUCCAAGCACCAUAACCACUACAACACACACACACACACUACUAUGGUGGUUAUGGUGUUUUGGUUGCUUCCUUUAAUGGAAGUAAACAAAUGCGACCCCCCCCCCGUCCAUUUUUUUUUCUUUUGUAACCGCUGGCCUAUAGAUGUCCACACCACGUGUUCUCUAUUAAAUCAGAAAGGGUGACUGAACACAGUGGAAGGCAGUUUUUCCAAUGUCAUAUUUUUAUUUAAUUUGUUAAUUGGCCUUGACAUUUUGCAUAGGCUAAUGGGUAACUCUUUUCCUGUUUCAGUAUAAUGUUGCUCUAAUAAGAUACCAAGAUGUACAUGUCACCUAAACUGAUCUUCAAAUUGAUUAAAGCAUACAGUGCUUCACAGUUUAGUUUACGGUUAUGGUUUUGGCUGGGGUCCAAAUUUAGGUCCCCAUGUCAUUUUAUUUGGUACCCAUUGGCUGGAACAUAUUCAUCAGGCUCUACAAUAUUGUCUUCAGUGGAUUGGGUCCUUUAGCAGCCAUGUAACCAAUUGCAACGGAGACUCAUCUGAUAGCAGGAUGGUUCUUUUACAUAAUUUUAGUAUAUAUCCUGUUCCAAAUAAAGAAUGGGCCACUAAGGUAAUUUUACUAUUGAAGAAUAUUUCCUAGCUAUUAUUAUUUAUAUUUUGCAUAUCUGUCCAAAAAAGGUUUAGAUCUCUUAUUUAAAAUAUAGAACUCCCACUGUGGACAGUUUAAAAAAACAUGGUUUAUUAUAAUGCCAUAUCUAGGACAUACAUUUCAGAGUUAGAUUGUGUGUCUGGUCAAAAAAAAAACAAUACAUUGAAAACAAAAAUGAAAGUUCUGCUUAACAUACCUGUAAUCUUGCACUGUCACACCUCUUAGAUCAUCGUCCUUGUUGAUAUUGGUCCAGUACAGUGCUACCGAUGGAGCAUAAGCACUGGGGAGAUACAGUGCAUGCUAGACAAUUGGAUCAGACUAAAUGCAUUCUCUAUGAGCAGAAUUGGAUGCAUUUUGCAUCAUCAUGCUGUGUCCGUUCUAAGAUCAGGUGUCUUAGUAAAAGUGACUCAGAGCACAGAAGGUAUAAGUAAUUUCAACCAGGGGUCCUGCUGAAGUAUUUUGUAAUUAUCAUAAAUCAUCUUAAUUAUUAGUUGUAGAGAUACUUUAAACCAAAAAUGGUGUAUAGAUCAUACAUCAGCAGUUUCCCUACUCAAUAACAUUAUUUGCCAUUUUGGAGUGAAAGCGGAAAUAUUACUUUUGGGGGCUUUUGCGUACUGUAUAUACUUGUGUAUAAGUCGAGUGCAGUUCUUUGACCAACAAUUGUAAAAUAUAUGCUAUGACUCGUGGAUAAGUCGAGGGUACGACUUUCGAAUGGAAUUGUUCCCCUUCUGUUCGGUUACCGAACAGACUCUCCGUGGUCUCCAUUGUUAACACCUGGUAAUCACUGACCACCCCUGGCGGUUAACCACAAACAAGCAUUCCCUUGGGGGACCGCCAUUCGCAUAUAUGUACGCCCGUGUAUGUCUCCCGAAGCAGAAGCUGUCCCUCAUGGCAUGCGCCAUUAUCUUCCUUUUGGUCCUCUUCAGCUAGCUAUUCAUUUGGCAGGAGUCGCGUCAGUACUGUACUCUGAAUAGUGCGCAAGAGUAUAACACUGAGGUCUAUGGAGGAUCCCACAAGACUGGGAUGCCUCCAUAGAUUAUUAUUAUUUUUAUAUAAUAUAUAUAUAUCGCUAACAAAUUCCGAAUUGUUGUACAAUGGGUGGACUAAAAAAACAUGUAAUUGUAACCAGACAAGUUUGACGCACAGGAACAGAGGGAUUGAGGGCCCUGUUUAAUGAGUUUAGAUGCUAAAGGGAGUGGGGUAUAGUGACACAAAAGGUAAGGAUAGUAUUAGGAAAGUAGAUUGGUAGAAUAGUAUUCAAUGAAGACUUAGUGAGGGUUUUUUUAGAGCCAUUAUCAGUUUAAUUGAUAUGCUUUUGUGAAAAAGUGAGUUUUUAAAAUGUGUUUUUGAAGGAGUGGAGACUGGGUGAGCGUCUAAUGGAAAAGGGAAGGUAGUUCCACAGGAACGGUGCAGCUCUAGAGAAGUCUUGGAUAUGAGCAUCAGAGAUAGGAGUAUGAACAGAGGAUAGACGCAGGUCUUCGGCAGAGCGUAGGGGCCUAGACGGAAUGUGUGUGUAUUAGGGAGGAUAGAUAGGUGGGGGAGUAGCAUUAUGUAGAGAUUUGAAAGCGAGAACUAGAAUUUUAUAUUGAGCCCUAUAUCUUACGGGAAGCCAAUGCAGGAACUGACAUAGGGGUGAGGCAUGAGAGGUGUGGGCAGACAGGAAGAUGAGCCUCGCCGGCGCAUUCAUUAUAGACUGUAAUGGAGCAAGUUGGAAACGUGUAAGAUCAGUGAGAAGUGGAUUGCAGUAAUCAAGGCGAGAAAGGAUGGUGGCAUGGACAUGCACCUUAGCCGCAUUUGGCGUUAAGUAGGGAUGAAGGCGCGCAAUGUUUUUGAGAUGGAAGCGUCAGGAUUUGGAGAUCGACUGGACAUGAGGGUUGAAGGAGAAGUCGGAGUCAAAGAGGCAGAAUUAAAAUAAAUUAAAAAUAAACAGUCUCUGUUAAAUCCCCUAGCUUUAAUAUAUGCUUAGUUUUCUUGGUCAGCCUUUAUCAGGAGGAAAAAAAUGAUAGGAGCUAUCAAAACUCAUAUCUGAGAGGCAUUUACUCUUAGGAACAUGGUAGCACCUUCUAAAACUCAUGUAGUCAGACAGGUCAGUAUUGCUCCUUUGCAAUGCUUGCUUGAUAAGCCUCCUUGAAAUUAAAGAUGUUUUCAUAGGUGUCUUACGCUUUAUGAUACAGCUGACUACUAAAUUUACUUCAGCUACACCUAUACAUGUUAUUUACCUAGAGAAAAACCUACCUAGAACCGAAUAACUGGAGUGAACUCAUGGACAGAGAUGUGCCACAUGCAAGACUGGAUCCAAUGGAUCGCUGUUCAGGGUAACAUUGAACUGAUUAUCCACAACUAAUGCUAGAACCAAAACAUGGACGGGUUAAUAGAGUUGGGAACAAGGGCUGAAAGAAACCAAAACUAGAAUUAGACUAAUAAUGACCCCUGGGACAAUCAUUAGAAAAUAACUGAAUUGAGAGGAAAAGCAAUGCUGGCAUGAAAACUGCUGGAGAGAGGAGAGGAAUGGGAUGAGAACAACAAGGACAAAGAAGAACUGUAAUCGAAAUUAAAAUGCCAGAGCUAAGGAACGAGUUAAAGAUGGAUUGCUUGGGCACUGGAGGAUUAGAUGGAAGCCAGAUCUGAUGAAUGUUGAUAUCACAGCGCAAGCACAGUAUAAACAUUCUUACAGCAACUGCACAGUAUUAAAGCGGCACUGUCACUUUAGAAUUUUUCAUGAAGUUAGAAUCUUUAUAAAAAGACUAAUGGUGCAAUCACAAGAUAUAUAUGUGAGACAUAGUAGGCAUUACUUUAUCUCUCAGGACCUAAUUAUUGGGAAUAUGUAGCAAUGGACGGAGGUUCUGUAGCCAUAUUUUCCUUUCUAAGUAGCUGUUUGCAGCAGCUGAUAGAAACACCCCUAUUCUCGAGUAAUGUGCAAUAUAUUUUUUGUUCCCUCUCAAUAGAGAAAGUGAUCAGGCGAACCCCAGCUAAGUUGUCAAACAGCAAACCGCUUGAAUACUUACAUGGGGUGGUAGGGCACUCCUUGUACCGUAAAUGUUUGGAGUGUUCCUUUAGUUUUAGGGCAUAUAUGUAUUAACCUGCCUGAGAAUGGCGGGAGUUGCACUUCUUGGAAGCAACUACUAGUUGUGACUCUUAUUCUUAAUUUGACCCCUUAGCUGUUACUGCCAUUCCCUUUCUCCAUAUUCUCAAAGUAUUUAUAUAUUUAUAUUUUAUUCUUUUUUUCAUUUAUUAAAUAGUUAACAUUGCUAACGUUAAAGGGACACUGUAGGCAUCCAGACCACUUCAGCUCAUGAAGUGUUCUGGGUACAAUGUCUCAUGUCCCUUAACCCUACAAUGGUAAUUAUUUCUGAGAAACUGCAAUAAUUACCUCUGAGGAUUAACUCCUCCUCUAGAGGGACUUCCAGAAUCGAAACGGACCUUUGGUUCAUUAUCUAACGCUGGACCUCCUCACACUCUGCAUGAGGACCUCCACCGUCAGAUUUUUCCCUAUAGGAAGUCAUUGGAUAAUGCUUUCAUAAGGGGAAAUAAUAAAGCGAGCACGGCCAUUGCGUGGAUGGAACCUGACCCAGCGCCGAGGGACAUCAUAACUGGAUUCAGGUAAAUGACUGAAGGAGUUUUAACCAGUUCAGCACCACAUGAGGGAGAGUGGAGAAGGGGGGGGGAGGGGGUUGAGGGCCACUGCAGGGCCUAUAAUGCCAGAAAAACGGGUUUGUUUUCCUGGCAAUGUAGAAUCCCUUUAACAAAUAUUUAUAAAACUAAAACAGGUCCAGUUGUUUAUCUAGUUCAGGCAAACAUUUGUACAAUUUUCGUCUUUUAUAAUUCAACCCAUUACCUGAAGAAAAUCGUAUUUACUAUAUAUUUAUUUAUUGUUGCUCUUUAUAUCCACAUGCUCAAAUAUUGGCCGAGCCUGUCUAACCUAACCCUUACUUUUUAGAAAGUGAAUGGCUGGACUUAUUUUUUCGAUGUAUUUUUUUUCACAUUAAUCUUACGCUUGUGCAAUGAUUUUUGCCUUGUCACAUAGCAUGCAAAUCUCUAACCACUCGGUUAACCCUGACGUCAAUUUUUAUUCACAAAUAAUACAUUUGGGAACGAGGGGGGUAUCUUUUUAACACAUGAUUUAAUCUUAAAAGGUUAAAGCAGUUGCCAGUGAUCUGGAUUGAAGCUGGUCGUUCAGUAUGUUGAUCUGAAUACAGAAAACAGGAAGUCCCAGUUCCCCCAAGAUCGGAAAACAAAAGCCAUGAAACUCCUUGUCUAACGCCUUUCUAGAUGUCCAGACUCAUCUGUUCAAAGUUCAUGUGUUUUUUUUUCUUUUUUUUAUUAAAGAAAGUUGUCAUGUGUAAUUUUCCCUGGUACAUCAAAUGACUUGGUGCCUAAGUGCCUUAUUUCAAUAAUAUAAUUUUCAGAAAAUUUCAACCUCUGUUUAACAUACUGAUGGAAACUCAAAAUAUUUUAUUUGUUUAAAUCCUACAUUGCACAAUAAAACUUUAAUCUCUAUCCAUAUUUUCAGUUUUUCCAGUUUAGUUUCCAAUCUUUUAGCAGAACUGAUGCCACAUGAGCAUUAUGAGGGACAUUUCUCAAUGGGGCUUGCCCUAAAAUGUGGUGUGCAAUUAUAGAUGUCACCAAAAGAAUGUGGUGCUGGUUCUGGGGGUUGCCCCACUUUUUUUAAUUUUCCAUCAUUUUUCAAAUCACUUCACUUUGAUAAAUCUACACUAUUUAUUUAUAAAAUAUUUUACCAGGAAGGAUACAUUAAGAUUUCUCUCGUUUUCAAGUAUGUCCUGGGUCCAAAAACAUUGCAUUGUUACAAUAGGGUACAAUAAUAUACAAAACAAUAUUAAUACUCAACGUAUGGACAAAAUUUAACAUAGAACAGGUAAGAAAUAUAUAAUCGAUUAUGACAGGUGCAUUCUGUUUUGAGAUAUGUAGAGCGGGAAUUCGUAAAGGAUUUUAGGCUUAGGGAAGAUUUGAAAGUGUGCGGGAGGUCGUUUGCGGCGCUCUGUAGGAAAUUGAGGAUCGGACCGUUUUCUUUUUGUAUUGAGGUAGACUAAAAAAAGGGUGGUACUGGAUCGGAGGUUAUAGGAGGUGGGAACAGCCAGGGAGAGCAUUCUGCUCAGGUAGGGUUGGAGCUUCCCAGAAAAGCUCUUAAACACAAGACUGGAAAGAUGAAGGGUGCGUCUGGAUUCCAGCGACAGCCAGUUUGGUUCUAUUAGCAUGUCACAAUGGUGGGUCCUGUAAUUGUGGGUUUGCGGUGCAGAUGCAUAUACUACAUCCCCAUAAUCAAUGAUUGGCAGCAUUUGCUGUACAAUCUUUUCCUUUACUGUAGGGCUUAGGCAGGAUUUGUUUCUGUACAGGGCACCUAGUUUUGGAUAAAGUUUAGAUGCAAAUUUAACAACAUACCCAAGUAUUUGAAAGAGUGGACUGUGGUCAGUGUGCUAUUUGAAUUAGUUUUGAUGCAUAGAUGGGAAUCUUGUAAUUUGUGUAAUUUAGGUACUGUUCCAAAGAUAAUUGUGACAGUUUUGUUUGUGUUUUGUGAUCUACUUUUCUACUUCUGUGAACUGGUCUUGGAGCACAGCCUUAAGCUGCAGUAGAUCAGGUUUUGGUUGCGUAAAUUACUGUCGUCUGCAUACAUGUGUAUCUAAUUCCUUUUAUACUUUGCUAUGUAUAAUAAAUAUUGGCUUUAGUGACCUGACGUAACCGAACAUAAUGUAGAUUGGUUGGUCAGUACUGACCCAUAUUGACACAAUAGUGUACUGUACUGGUUAUGGUGUUUUGGAGUGCUCCUCUAAGCACUGCAGACAUCCUAGAUGUAAAAUUUCCACACACUCCCCCAAUUGAGUCAUGAGUGAAAUUAGAAUAAAUUAAUAUUAGAUGCAUAUUUCACAUACGUUUUCUUUUGGUGUUUUCUUUCCUUUUCUCAACUUGAGAUCCCUGGCCACCAAUUCUACAUCCCCUUUCUCUUACAAAACCUCCUAUUCCCUUUUGUCCGCCUGUAUAAUAUUUUUCAAUCCCUUUAUCAAUCUCACACUGGCCUCCCUGUUCUUCUAAACCAUUCUUGUUCUUAUUAUUCAGUUUGAGAUUUGUGGUUUCCUUUAUUUACAGUAUGUCCAACUUAUCAUUUGUCAACAAUGUCCUAGGAGUGUCUGAAUAGCCAGUACCUUGCUCUUUAAUAUCCGGGUAGUGUUUGGCACCAGCUUUUGUCUGCUGCGGAAAUAUUAAAAACAAAACUGAUUUCUCCUCCGGUGAUUUCUCCAUUAGAGGAAAGCAAUUUAAUAACUGUGAUCAAGCGUCAGGCACAAAAGAAAAUGUUAUAGUGACUCAGUGGCCGAACUAAUGUAGACAGGGCCCAGGUGCAAGAAAUGUUUUUGCUCUCCCAGCACAAGGGUGGCUAAAAGGUAGAUUACCAUCUCUUAUACAACUCUCACAGCUGGGAAUCUACAGUUUGACCAUACUAGGAGUGUUUUAUUUGUGGGCAGUUUUUAUGUGUUUGAAUGUAAGCAUGUUAUUUGUAUGGAGAAAGAGUGUGUGUGUGUGUGUGUAUCUAUCUGUGUGUAGUGUUGACAUUUGAAUUAAGUUGUUUGUUUGUUUGCAUGUACUGUUGCCACUUUAAAGCAGUGGUAUACAUACAGGGAAUACAGGGACUGGGAAUACAAAACAGCCCUGGAAAAAAAAUCUAUGCCAGCCCCAUAAGUCAUUGGGCCAUAUAUUGUCACAUGUAAUAUGUAAGGCUAUGUCCUGCCACUCUAGAUGAUUAAUAUAUAUAUAAAAAAAAUAAAAUAAAUAUAUAUAUAUAUAUAUAUAUAUAUAUAUAUAUAUAUAUAGUGUUGUUUUAUAUAUUAUUAUCUGGGGUGGCAAGACAUAGCCUUACAUAUUAUUGGUUAACAUAUAUAUAUAUAUAUAUAUAUAUAUAUAUAUAUAUUUUCUAAUAUAAAAUAUUGGUCCUUUCAGGGUAAAACAUUUAAUUAUACAGUAAGCUCACAUGCAGACACAGACCAUCUCACUGACACACACAAGCUCAUUGAUACACAGCCUCAUAGACAAACAAUCUCAAUGAUAUACAUAAGCUCAUUGACAUAAAACACAAGCUCACAGAUGCACCAGUGCCAUACUGGUAUACAAACUUGAAAAUCCACUCAAAAGAAUACUCUAGUGCAGGGAUAGGCAACCUUCGGCGCUCCAGAUGUUGUGGACUACAUCCCCCAUAAUGCUCUUACUCUUAUAAUGCUGGCAAAGCAUCAUGGGAGGUGUAGUCCAAAACAUCUGGAGUGCCGAAGGUUGCCUAUGCCUGCUCUGGUGUUUGAAAGAAACACAUUUAUUUUGUCUUUUUGCCACAGCUGUGCUCUGCCCCUGUGAGAUAAUUGUUUAGAAUUUUAUGAAAGAAAAAAAUAGUCCCUGUCACACUUGGCUGAGGUCAGAGAUUAACCAAGGUUCGGUUGCCAAUUUACCCACAAUCCAGAAUCUUACUAAGUGGCUAAGAAUACAAAGAAUCCUACAAAGUGGCAAACUGCAGAAAUCAUAGACAGAGGAGAACAAAGUUGCAGCACCCAUAUUUUAAUAGAAAAAAAAAUAUCUAUCAAGGCAAGUUGUAAGAAGAGAAAAUAAUCAUUAGAGAGAUACUCCACUGGCCAAAUACAAACAAAAAUAUCACAUAAAUACAUAUUACUAUUUAGUAGAUAUACCCAUAAUAACCUGUGUUAAAUGCAGGGCUUGACAAAUUUGUUUGGAAUCUAGGAGCCAGCUAAAAAAGUUAGGAGCCAAUUUUUAACAUUUUUUUUUUUAAACUAGCAAAGUUUAAUUUACAAUGAGAAAUAUACAAUUCUUAAAGGGACACAUUAGUCACCAGAACCACUACAGCUUAAUGUAGUUGUUCUGGUGCCUAUAGCAUGUCCCUAAAGCCUUUUCAAUGUAAACGCUACAUUUUCAGAGAAAAGGCAGUGUUUACAUUGCUGCCUAGUAACAUCUCUAGUGACAGUCACUUAGGCGGCCACUAGAGAGUCCUGUGUCAGUGCUGCACAGUUUGCCGUACCUUUGUUCAGCAUCUCCAAUCUCUGUAUGGAGGUGCUGAAUGUUACCCACAGAGAAACAUAGAAACAUAGAAUGUGACGGCAGAUAAGAACCAUUCGGCCCAUCUAGUCUGCCCAAUUUUCUAAAUACUUUCAUUAGUCCCUAGUCUUAUCUUAUAGUUAGGAUAGCCUUAUGCCUAUCCCACGCAUGCUUAAACUCCUUUACUGUGUUAACCUUUACCACUUCAGCUGGAAGGCUAUUCCAUGCAUCCACUACAUGUGCAAUAUUCUACCAAUGUUUUUCUGUGGGAAAGCAUUAGUUUUGCUGAGAUCAUAAGUUUAGUGAUGAUCUCAGCCAUGAAGGCAGGACAAGCCGCGGAGAAACCGGCACAGCAUGGAAAAGAAAGGGAAUAAAAACACCACUCUCAUGUGAUCUGAGGGGGAAGGUACACACUCUCUGACACAUACACACACACACACACUAACAAACAUUCUGACACACUUACAGACACACGCAGACAUUCUGACAGACACACACACUUACUGACACACACACACAAAUUGACAUUUUUCAUGUUAAUCAACCCAGCCUCCCUACUUUUGGGAGAGUUGAGUGGAUCUGUCCCUGGGGUCCAGUGGGCUGCUCUCUCGUCCUGCAUGCAAAGGAGCAGUAAUCCAUCUCCAGCUCUUGUCAUCUCCUGUAGUGAUGUCGGGGGACGGAAUAACGUCAUAUCACUAUACAGCGCGAGGGAGCAGAGAAGAUUACGCGCUGCUCCAGCUUGCUGCCUCCAGCUUGCUGCCUCCAUGCUCCCUGAGCAGCCCAGGGCGGCCGCCCCCAUGCUCCCUGAACCGGCCAUCUCCAUGCAGCCCAGGGCAACCGCCCCCAUGCUUCCUGAACCGGCCAUCUCCAUGCAGCCCAGGGAUACUGGCCAGCUCUAUUGUUCCACCAUCCGGCCGCUUUAGCUAAAGGGCUGCAAAUCCCUGGCGCCAUUUCUAGUCACCAUGGCGACCUGGUGCCUUGGAUUUCUCGAGCCCUGAUUAAGCAUGUAUUUUUUCAUUUGGGGUAUAUCUAAAAAUAGCUGCAGAUCUUUUUUUAUCCACUUCUAACCCCGCCCAGACUUUCUGUGGCUGUCCAAUCACAGAUUUCCCAAUGCAGCUCAAUGAGAAGUCUUUGCAAGGCAGGUGCUCUGGGCAAUUGCUGCCUCUUGAGUUUAGCUCCACUGAGCUAACCAAACCAGGAAGUAACAGGAUCUGUUUUCUAAUUUACAGCUGGAAGGGUGUAACAAGGUUAAUUUAUAAAAGGGCAAAUUUCUACUAACAUCUGCACUAUUUGUAAAAUGGAAAAAAAAGGACACACUCUGCUUUCACUUUAAGAUACAAGAGGCAUAAGGAAAAAUAAAUAACAGUGCCUUGCUUGAAAAUAAGUAUUUACUUAUGUGUUCAAUACAAAAUAAUACACAGAUAAAUUAUAAUGUAAGAAAUCAUUUAUUUUAAAUAUUAACAGUAAAAAAUGCAACUUUUUUUGGCAGUGACCGUUUCUUUUAUACAUUCUUGAGAGCAUUUACUUGGCCUGAGUAGUUCAGUAUAGGUGAGUAAAAUCCACACUUACCUUACCACAAGUUUCCUGUUUAUGGCAAUAUUAUCAUCUCAUGUAGCUCCAGACAUGCUUAUUAAUGUGCAAAGAACGAGCUGUACGAGCAUAUGCACUUUGGCAUCCCUUAGUGCAGUGCAUGCACGUUCAGCAUUUUGGUAUUUAAAGUUGAGUUUGAUGCAUGCAGUGUAAAUUAUAAAUAAUGAAAACUCACAUAUGACAGUUACACUUUAAACUGCGUUCGUAUUUCAUAGGUAGAAAUAAGACUAAUUUUAGGUUAAUAUUUAGGAAAAUUCUGCAGAUUAUCUCUACAAUAAAAAAAGACAUAUUAAGUGGAGAACAUUUUCACUCCAACUACUUGUAAUGUGAAUGUGUUUACAGAAGUCUACGGUGGAAAAGACAACUGCUCAACAGUAUAAGAGGAAAAAGGAGAAGAAACAAGGAAUCGAAGUUAAUGGACAAAAGCCAGAGGUAUAUGUUUUUUAUAAAUUUAUUUUAAUGGUUAGAACAAAAUUUGACACAGUUGUCAAAAAAAUCAAGGCACUGCAGAAUACUUAAAAGGAAAUGCCAAGCACUGUUAUAACAAACCUUUCUUGUAUGGAUCCUAGUGUCUCUGGUCCUUUUGUUUGAAAACAGUUUGACAGAUUCUAGACUAUAUUCUGAAAUGUCUUGCACAAUAACCACCGUAAUGAACUGCAUGGGUUUAUGUGCUUCUUGUCACAAUGGUUUAGGAAAUAUAUAAAUGUUUGCUGCAGUAGAUAAAUGUACAGAAACUACAUUGUUUGUUUUUUGGGGGGGGCGUUUAAUAUUUAUAUAUUGGUGAGAAGUCACUUCCAAAAUUGGUGCAUGCGCAUCUAAAACCUCUUCUCACAAUUCAAGUAAAACUGAAACUAGGUUUGCAUAGCCUCAAUUGAACAUCGCUGGAGAAUUUAAGAGCAGUUAAAUCUGUGUAUACAUAUAUUGUGCCUGGACGUUAAAUCCGCAGCUGUACUUGAAUCCUAAUCAGAAAAUCAUAUAUUCAUCUUAUUUGGCGUUCAAAUACACCACAUACUCAUUGUGUUCAUAUAAUAGAUAUUUAACCCCUUAAGGACCAAACUUCUGGAAUAAAAGGGAAUCAUGACAUGUCACACAUGUCAUGUGUCCUUAAGGGGUUAAGGUUUAUUAAUUCUUAAAAACCUUUUUAGUACAUGUUUUUAGCUUCUAAUGUAACUCUUUCAAACUGCCAGUUAGAGGGUCAUUAACCCUUAAAGGUUUACUUCAUUUUUUGGAUAAAAUAACCCUUGCAGAAACUUACCUGCAAUCCUACAGUGAAUACAGGUACUCGUUCAUGCUCAAUACGCACAUGCUGAUGUCACUCCCCCUCACUGGAGAAUGAGCUGAGGAGAGGACUUGGGUGGCACAAUGGAGGCGUGCCGCUAUUGGUCAUCUGUUGCCAGCUUGCUAUGAUGCUAUAUGUGCUGACGGCAGACACUCAAUAUGCUAGAGUCCACUUUAGCCAGCCUGCUGCAGGUGGAGUUGCGCCCCUGGCCGCAAUGUGCUUUGACUUUUGUUCAUACAGACUCCAACAACCUUAACCACUUCCAAUCACUGAAGUGGUUAAGGUGCUUAGUCUAACUCUUUAACCCACAUUUGGAAGAACAAUGUUACUGAUAAUUUCUGGUAAACAUGUAUUUGUCUACCCCCUGGUCAUUAAGAGGUUGAAGUUAAAAAUGGGUCAUAUCAUUUUGAAGCAGAAUUCUCAUGUGAAAGUGACAGUUUUUCAAUCCCUCAUCCCAGUAAACAGAAACACUAAUGUCAUUGCCCUACAUUAUUCUGGGUAGAACCUCAUAAAAAUGCCAUAUACUGUAUAUUGUUUUGAAAAUGUAUUCCAAAGAUAUGGUGCCUGUGUACACAGCUCUGUGUCAGGAUAACCAGGCAUACACUGUAAUAAUUUAUAUAUCGUAGAUCUUUUUGGAAUUUAGCAGAAAGCAUUUGCAGAAACGAUCACCAUUUUUGUGCAAGCAAAAUCUCAUGCGACAUUAUUGCUAUAAUUAUACUGCUCUUAAUUUUCAAGGAAUAUAAAAUAAGUUUUAAAAAGAGAGAGAGAGGACCAGUUCUUCUAUUCCUCUUUGUAAUCUCUGGCCUAUUUAUAGGAGAAAGAUUGGAGAGAACUGACGUUGCUUCUGAUCGAGUAGACCAUUAAUUAUGAAUAUAUGGUUAGUGCACAUAAAUCUCGUUAUCCUUCCAACCCUUCAAUAAAAUAACAUCACAUUUUUUUAUGGGUCGCAUCUUUGAGUUCUCUCCACCCUCUAUAUUAGUUCUCCUUACCCUUUUAUGUCCCCAGGGUCCUUUGUUAGCCCCACCAUCUUCUGUCCCUCUCGGUUCCUACUAGUGCUGUCUCUGUAAUCUCACCCUGCUUCUUCCAUAUCAGUACACUUAAAGUAGCACUGUCAUGGCUGAAUCCUGUUUUUUUGUAACCCCCUCCCGACUCCACUACAUCUAAUUUUCCCCUAUUCACCCCCAAAUGCCCCUAAGCCACCCAUAUUACCUAUUUUGUUAUCUUCAUUUCGUGCCCGGCCAUAGCUCCUGAGUGUCGCCAUCUUUGUGUGGGCAGAUGAAGUCCCUGUGGGACACGUCAUCUGCGCACACUAGAUAGCGCUGUGAAAUUCCUGCGCAUGCCCAGUUAAACACUUGGGCAUUCGCUAAUGUCCAAAAUUCGGACUGGAAUUUCGUCUAUUCAUUAAUUCGUCAGAAGGAUAAAGGAAUGAAUAGAAAUUUCAGACGAACAAACACUGAAUAUCGGUUUUCGAUUGUUCGUUCAUUAAGUUUAUUACAUGCUUGUACCGCUAUAAUUGCAACUUUUCUAUCCUAUGUUAAAUAUAUUUUUCAUGUUUUGCAUAUGGAGCUACAUUAUUACAUUGCUGCUAAUGGGAGUGAUCUCCAAACUGUUAGCAUUUUCUAAAACAUGCUGCCGAAUUAAUUUAAUGUUCUGAGCAUUCUGACUUCAUUGAACGAAAAUUUGAGAAACUGCUGCAGUAUAUCCAAUGCCCAUUAAGUUCUAAACACAUGUACCCUGUAUAUAUUAGCUGCUGCCACUAUAAAAGCCUGUACUAUAUAUAUAUAUAUAUAUAUAUAUAUAUAUAUAUAUAUACACACAGUAUCUCGCAAAAGUGAGUUCACCCCUCACAUUUUUGUAAAUAUUUUAUUGUAUCUUUUCAUGUGACAACACUAAAGAAAUGCUACAAUGUAAAGUAGUAAGUGUACAGCCAGUAUAACAGUGUAAAUUUGCUGUCCACUCAAAAUAACUCAAUACGCAGCCAUUAAUGUCUAAACCUUUGACAAGAAAAGUGAGUACACCCCUAAGUGGAAAUGUCCAAAUUUGGCACAAUUAGCAAUUUUCCCUCCUUGGUGUCAUGUGACAACUUUCUAGAGAAGUAACCACAUGGAUGCCAAGGGGUAUCCUGGCUCUUCCUCUGUGAGAGAACAGCCCCCACCCCUGUCUUGGAGGCAUCAACCUCCAGUAUAAAAGGUUUGCUGGUUUCUGGAUGUAUCAAUAUGUCAGCAGAGGCAAACCUUUGUUUGAGAAGUUCAAAAGCUUCUUUAGCCUCCUUAGAUCAUAUCGUACCCCUUUUGCGUAUCAUGUUGGUGAUGGGGGCUAUUACAGAAGAAAUCUUCUGUAAUAAUUGGCAAAUCCAAUGAACCUUUGAAUGACCUUCAAUCCAUUAGGUAAUGGCCACUGCAUAACAGACCCUAGUUUAUGAGGAUCCAUCUGAAACCCUGAGGCAGAAAUGUUAUAUCCCAAAAACUGUACUUCUGUCUGAUCAAAGAUAAAUUUUUCCAAUUUAUAAUAAAGUUGAUUUUUCAAUAAGGUUUGCAAAACUUGUUUAACAUGAUUGUGGUGAGUUUGAAGGUCAGGGAAAUAAAUAAUGAUGUCAUCCAGAUACACUCAGACAAAUUAAUAAAUAUAAUCUCUAAGUAAGUCAUGAAUAAAAUCCUGGAUUUUAGCUGGAGCGUUACACAAUAACUUAUAGGCCUCGGUGCAGAGACCGCAAGGUGAGGAAGAAUUUGUUGCAAUAUCCAGAGGUUGUGUUUGGGAAAUAGAUUUAUGAGUGCUGCCAGUAUUGAGGCAGAGGUUGAAGGGUGGGGGAUCAGCCUGUCAGUGCUCAGACCAUACGCCGCACACUGCAUUAAAUUGGUCUGCAUGGCUGUCUUCCCAGAAGGAAGCCUCUUCUAAAGAUGAUGCACAAGAAAGCCUGCAAACAGUUUGCUGAAGACGAGCAGAUUCAGGACAUGGAUUACUAGAACCAUGUCCUGUGGUCCGAUGAGACCAAGAUAAACUUAUUUGGUCCAGAUGGUGUCAAGCAUGUGUGGCGGCAACCUGGUGAGCAGUACAAAGACAAGUGUGUCUUGCCUACAGUCAAACAUGGUGGUGGGAGUGUCAUAGUCUGGGCCUGCAUGAGUGCUGCCGGCACUGGGAUGCUACAGUUCAUUGAGGGAACCAUGAAUGCCAACAUGUACUGUGACAUACUGAAGCAGAGCAUGAUACCCUCCCUUCAGAGACUAGGCCGCAGGGCAGUAUUCCAACAUAACGACCCCAAACACACCUUCAAGACGACCACAGCAUUGCUAAAGAAGCUGAAGGUAAAGGUGAUGGACUGGCCAAGCAUGUCCCCAGACCUAAACCCUAUUAAGUAUUUGUGGGGCAUCCUCAAACAGAAGGUGGGGGAGUGUUAAGCUCUGGUGAACUCCAUUCCCAUGAGGGUUAAGGCAGUGCUGGAAAAUAAUGGUGGCCACACAAAAUAUUGACACUUUUUGCCAAAUUUGGACAUUUCCACUUAGGGGUGUACUCACUUUUGUUCAGUGUUGUCACAUGAAAAGAUAUAAUAAAAUAUUUACAAAAUAUGAGGAGUAUACUCACUUUUGUGAGAUACUGUAUAUAUAAAAUAUCCCUUACUGCCUACGUAGGCAUAUAUAUCUUGUAUGUAUAUGCAACUCUCUCUAUAAACGAAUAUACAUUGUGUAUAUAUAACCUGGUCUUUCUACAAACAAAUACCUGGCAUAUAUUGCCCACGUAGUAGUGACUAGUUGCCUAGUGACUUUUUUUUUUAGUUUAUGUUUUAAGUAUUGAUUCUAAAUUUUCAUUGUGGUCAAGGAGGAGAAGAGCCACGACACUCUAGGCAUACAUAUCAUAUCAAGGUACAAAGACAUGCACUGCGGUUACUCGUCUUUCUUGAAGAUAUUUAAGUCUUAAAAAGCAAAUAAAGUUUUUACUUUUUGUUUGUUGGUUUAUCUUUCAAUGGGAGUUCCAUUAAAUGCCCCGUGAGACAUAACUCUGCCAAGAUCUGACUCUCAUGGGUGUAACCUCAACCACAUGAAGAGACACUACUAUCGUUUUUGCUCUUUUGCAUCAUAACCGACGCAGGGAACGCUGCAAAAUGGAAUUGGAGUUGGAACAGCGGAACAUGCUCAUCCAGUGGGGGCACAUGUCUCAAACUGCCAUGGUAGACUACCAGACUUCCUACAACUCCUCUACAGAAGAGAAUAUUGGGACGCUUCUUGUCGACCAUGGAAGAUCAUCUUUCCACUUGAUGUGAGUAUAUUUUACCUGUGUAAUCAUCAUAUUCAUGUGUUAGUUAAUGUUUUGUUUUUUUAUGCCUUAAUGUAAUAAUCCUGCUAUAAAACCUUUCCUUAGGAGGUACUGAAAGAACCUGCAGGAGUCAUGAUUCUGUUAAGGUUGGAAGAGCACCGAGAGCCAGCAACUCAGGACCAACUGGCAAAUGUAAGCGACUGCAAGUUGCCCAGAUGGCUAGAACUGAAGGAAGAUGUACAUUAUAAAUCACCAGGCACCACAUGGAAAGUUCUCUUCAGAGAUCCAGUAAGUACAUAGUACCGGACUUUCCCUGUUUGUGCGCUAUGCAAAUUCAAAGACGUAUAGCUGGAUAGACUUCGGUUCACAAGGCUUAGUUUAGUGAGUAUGCCAAGUAUAACCACUCUCUACAAUAUUACAUUUUAUGUUUUGUUUUUUGUUUUUCAACUUUUACAGAUUUAUUUGUAUGUUUUAAAUGAUACUACCGAUAUAAGUUAAUCAUGUCUAAAAUGAUACAUUUUGAGAACAAACAAAAGGAAAAAAGUAACCAGUGAGAACAAACAAAAGAAAAAAGUAAUCAGAAACAAAACUUAACUGUAUUAAAUAUAUUUGUAAGAGAUUAAAAGUGAAGGUAAUUACAGUAUUUGGAUCUCCUAAUUAUAUCUCUCUUCUCAGAAAGUCACAGGCAGGAAAAGGCAGAAAAUUAUAUAGAAAAACCCCUACACUUUCUCAACAUGGCAAAAAUGCCUUCGCAUAAGAGGGAGCGAGAGAAAAAGAUUUAUACAGUUAAAAAAAAAACUGGUGCUCAAGAAAAACACACAAUGUUAACCACAAAAUUAUAAAUAAUUGAAAACUAAUUGAUUAAGACCAGCUGAAAAAAACAAGGCCUAAUGAUUGUUUUACUGAACAGGCGGCUCCUCAAACUUUUUGGGUCUUGUGUGUUACUAUUAUUAUUAUUGUUAUAUUAAUCUUUUUUUUCCUUUGUUUGUUCUUCCUUUUUCUACAUUAUCUUAUUGUUACAAGCACUAUAAAUGUGGAAAAAACUUGUUUGCAAUUGUAUGCUGCAACAAGAUCACUGGUCACCAAUAGAAGUCACAAACACAAUUCUAAUGUAAUUCCACUUUAAAUUAAGCACAUAGGAAAGAGAGUAUUAAACCGCUUUUUAUUUUAAUACUUAAAAUAGAUGUAUUAACUGGUAUUUAUUCUCAGUAUAUUGACAUGCUUUAUUUAUUUUAUUUAAGCAGCAUCUUUUUAUUUGAUUAUUUAAUAUGUAAAACAUUAGAUGCAUGUUUUUUUUUUUUCUCAAUAAAUUUGUAGAAACGGUGAAAUACCAGUUGAUACAUUUUACCAAAUAGUCAUAUUUACAGACAAUAACCCCAAAAAUGAAAGGGGGUAUUAUUGUUUCUUUUUUUUUACACUAUUAUAUUAAUGUAUAUAUGCUAAACAUAAUUAUUGGUCGUAUUAAGGCAAAUGUUGGUGUUUUUAUUUCUCUGUAGUCACCAGAUAACUAUUUACUGUUACUGAAGAAAGGCAUGCCUCUGUCAGAUUGUUCCACAGAAGAUCUAAUUGGACCACAUCCAAAAUGUAAGUGAUAACACUAAAAUUAACACCAAGUUAAGACAAUGAAGUUUCAGUUAAGUUUUUGUUUUGUUUAUUAUUAUUUUUAAAUGUUGAUUAACUUAUAUUUCUCUCUCUCUCUUCUCCCCCCAGCUCUCCGUAUGUUAAAAUGAAGAUGUGAGCUAGAGUUUUACUAGUUACCUGGUUAAUGUUGAUACAGUUUGUACUGCCAUGCUUCGAGAGGUGUUUAUCAAAAGAAUACUCAAAUAUAAUAUUUUAUGUUUUCUCAUGUUACAUGGACAGAAAUCCAGAACAUUUAAUACUAAGAUGCUGAGAUGAGAUUAUUCUUUUCCAUUUUGUUUUAAUUUUUUUCCCCUCUUAUGUGGAUUCCUCUCCUUUGGGAUCCACCAGCCUCUCCAUAACUUUUAACUUGUAGCGAGACGUUCCAUUAGCCAACAAACUGGCUCAUUGAGACAUGUAUUCUACUAACAACCCAUACAUGACCCACAGAGGCAUCAAAGGUUCAUCGGAACAAACUGAUUAUGUCAGUAACAGAUUUACCUCGAUGCAAACGGGAAGGGUGAUGUGAUCCUGCUGUUGCCCAAUAAUAAUAAUUAUUUGAUAUUGUACCUUAGUAGGAAAAUAAGAUAUGUAAUAUAUAUUGAAAAAUAUGACUGUUUUUAAAACAAGAUCUCUGUGUUAUUCACUCAAGCGUGCAUGGUGAGGAUUUCAAUUGGAUUUCAAAAUGAAUCCACAAUAAUAGAAAAUAUUCUUUGUUGUCUUUCUUUUAUUUCAGAUUUUUUGACAUAAAAUUUGAAGUAUACUCUAUCCAGAAUUCCUAUAGAAUCUCUGUCUUGAAAAUUCACACUUAAGUGAAUAACUAACUGUAGUUAUUUACUACAGUGAGAAUUCAAAGUGAAUUUCAAAUUUAAGGCCAGAUUAACUUAACUGAAUGCAUAGCAAAUUAGUGAACCUUUUCGUUUUGCUAAUUUGAACUUAAAUUUAAAAUUCAGUUCCCAAUAGAGCCAGGUCUCAGGAUGACCUAUUUUAGCUCCUCGCAGUGUGUUUUUUUCUUUCUUCUUCAAUUAUAGUAGUAAACUUUGGUUGAAGCUGGCAUUGUACUCCACUACUGCAGAUCAUACUGUCAUACUGUCAAAGUACUUGUGUGACUUGUCUCUUAAAUAAAGAAUUAAAAAUAAAUCAAUAAAUUAAUUUGAAAUUUACUUUGAAUUCUCACAUUGGUGAGUAUCCCUCUGUUUGUUACAGCAGGCAAUCCUUUUAUGUACAUACUUGCAUGUCAUCAGUAUAUUAAGAGAUUAAUUACAGGGGAGUGUCUUAUAGACAAAAAAUUCCCAAAAAGUGCUGCACAUGUUGAAAUAUUUAGCUGAAUUACAUAGUAUUCCUACUGGUAAGCUUCACACUUUGAGUGUUCGGGACCCGUGCCCUUUUUAAUGGCACAAAGAGCAGUCUGGCUUGUUCCUGUGUUGGUAUGGAGGUAUUGUACUGGAAAGGUUUGUCCUCUUACAUCAUUCAUAGGGACUGAGAAUACCUUUCCACAGCCAGAACUGAUUACUGCGUUAUCUGAUCAUCACUCCUUUUGUGAAGAUGAUAGCUCAACUUCAAUGAAUAGGCAAGGAGAGCCACACUAAAACAUUCACCAUUAAUUAUCAUUAUUUAAUCACUGCAUCAUUAUAAUUCAUUUGAAAAAUAUAACUUACCGAUAUUUGCUAAUAAGUUGAAUAAUCUAUCAGAGCUAAUUUGUAUUACGGUAAUGGAAAAGUAGUGUUUAAGCAGCAUUGUUAUUGUACAGAAUGUCUAUGGAAUUAUCCAUAUAGUCAUUAUUUAAGUUGUUGGUUUUUUGUUUGUUUUUUAUUUCUGAGAAAUAAAGGAUUUAAAAAAAAAAAAAAAAAUUCAAUGGCAGCCUAUUUUGUGAGAUUCUCUAUCUACAAUUACAAUUCAUUGAGCUCUUCUUCUCAGUAAAAAAGAAUUUGGUAAAAUAAUUUUUGCACUUUUGUUCCCACAUGACAUUCGGCAAUGAACAGACGUGAAUAUGGAUUAGAAUUUUUAUCUAGACAUAAUUAUAAGGGAAUUUAUGGUCUUGUACUGAAUAUUUAAAAAUGUAAAUGUUAUAAUUAUUCUACUGCUAGAAAUCUGCUACACCCUUUAUUACAUCUGCACAUAGAAAACAUUGAAAUAUGCGUAUACCUUUUUAAUUGAUUUUUUUUCUAUGUGUAUAUUAUGGAGAGUUGAGUAGUUGUGUAUUUACAUUGGCUGUGGUUACUGUUUAGGUCCGUCCUGUAGCCCAUUGUGUGUUUUGGUUAUCUAUAAUAAAGAAGGUAAGUCGAGAGGAGAAAGGCAACCACAAUCCAUAAUGGGAAUUACAAGGUUUCAAGAGCUCCUAAAAUACCAUUAAAUAAACACUCUGGGGAGAAUACAAUACUGACCAUGUGAGCAGGUACCUUCACUAAACAUCUGUUUGUAAAUGCGAUAGCCAAUAGAAGACAAACAUUCAGAACAAUGUAAAAUGUGUUGUACAGUGGUACCUCGAUUUAUUAAUUUUUAAUGCUUUCUCCGGGAUGUUUUGUAUUGCGAAAAAUUUGUAAACCAAAACGCGGUUUCCCAUAGGAAUUCAUUGAAAACCAAUUAAUCCGUUCUGGAGGUCAGAAAAAAGUCAAAAUGAGCUGGCAUGGAAACCAACUUACAAUGCAGUAAAAGCCAUGCAAACGACGAAGCUCAGCUCCCUAUCUUUCCACAGCUUGAAAAAUGCACCCAAAAACGCUGCAAAAAAAAUUCCAGAAUGGCUCCAAAACUCGAUGCAAAAGCCGCUCCAACACCUCCACUCUCGAUGCCACGUGCUACCCACAGGCUCCAGCAUGCAGUGGGCGGUGCUAUAAACCUCCCAGGUGCAAUGCAUCCUGGGGAAGCUUGCUUUGUAUUGCGAAUAAAAUUUGUAAACCGAGGCAUUAUUUUCAAUGGAUUUUCAUUUGUAAACCGAAAAUUAUGUUAACCGAGGUGUUUGUAAACCGAGGUACCACUGUAUUCUAAUAUUAACGAGUCAUUUUUUUUUCACUAAACACAACCGUAAUGCAAUCAGCCAUGCGGUUACAGUAUAUAUGGAUAUUUCCUUAAUUGUAUAAAUCUGUCUUACCUAUUCAAAAAAGGAAAGGUUUUAAGGAAAAUGAACUUUGUAGUUACCUCUCAAUACACAGCUUUGUAAAACUGUAGCUUGUUGAAACAAUUUGCUGCCAUUCCUUAUUUAAAGGAUCUUUCCAGGAACCUUAACCUCAACAGCAUUCCGUAAACUGACAUCAAACCGUAUGUGACCUGGCUUGACCUCUUCCCAGGUAUAUGCAAUCCCAAUCAUUUCAAUCUGAGAGCUCCUGCUAGAAGCUUUCCUGCACAGAGUGUCAACUGAUUGCUAGAAAAACGUUUGACUACUUACACUGAAGGCCCACAGGGGCAUUCCUGUCACCAUAACCACUUUAUAGCGCUGUAGCAGUUAUGGUACUUGGAGUGGUUUUUUUUAAAGCUGUUUUUGGAAAUUAAGAUUUUAUGAGUUAUAGCGUAUCUUAUCAGAGAUAUAUUAUCUGUAUAAUUACAAAUUAAUAUAUCUGUAUUUUCAAUGAAAAAAAAUAUUUUCUAAAAUAUUUUAAAUUUAUUUUUAUGUUACACAAAUAUGACAAAAACCCAAAACAGAAGAGGCUUUGCCAGGGAAUGGUGCCAACUUGAGAUGAAGGAGAACUUUUUUUUGUGUUGUAUCCAUAAUGCAGUUAAUAAGCUUUAAUAAAAGUGAAAGAAAAUAAAGUUAUUCUCUUUAGAAGAGGUUUCUCCUAAUAUACAUUUCAAAAGUGACACAGCGGGAUACAUUCAAGUAUAGAAGCCGUUUGUUCAUACGGUACCUUUGCCUGAUGCUUUUCUAUGCGCAUUACCACCUCUUUUCACAAUCUCCUCCCUUCCUAGGUUUAAUGUUUAACCCCUUCACUACCGAGCUGUUGUUGAUUUCAAAUUAUAUAUAUAUAUAUCAUUAUUUGAAGCAAAGGAUCCAUAGCUAGCAUAUACAAAUAUAAUAAAACAGCACUUUGGUGUACAGGUUUUCCGACAAACUUAAAAAUGUGUACAUUUAUAACAAAAAUACACCUACACCAAUAUAAGAUGUGUGUGACAAACAAAAUCAACUUAUCUUGGAUAAAUAUAUCAUAGCUUCCUCUCAGGAUAUUCCAGACUCUAUCCUAUAUAAAUCCAAACAAAAUACAGAGGAUGCAGCUGGAGAGCUACAAAAAUGAAAAAAACCGUGCAAUAGCGUAAUACAAUAAAAGUACAGUUAAUGUGCGCUGUGCUCAGUACACUCACAGAAUGGAGACUUUUAAAAUCGCCUUGGGGGCCUCCCCUUAUAUUGCUCGGGGGCUGUUCCAGGACUCCCUGUCCAUUUCUAGUGAUGUCACCUCAGUAUGGAAGGCCGGACUUGGUAAAUGGUAGAAACAAAAUCAAGGGAAAAUGGAAAAAUAAACAUUUUCUUUACUAAUAGGAAUACUAAAAAAUAUAUAAAAAUCUGGUCUGUUUGGUUUGAAUAUUGUAACUUUACACCUCAGGGUUAAAAUCUAUAAAAUUCAAAUUUUAUAGACAAUAAGCUCUGUUUGGUAUGGUCCCAUUUCACAUAGAGACUUGGCCCUUUUUCUUUCCUAAUAGAUGGUUGGGGGACCGAGAUAACUCCCUCUCUUCCUCCAAGGAUGUCCCCGCCUUGGUCUGUUUUAAGUUAUGUAUGUUUUAUGGAUCAUAUUUCACCUGACACCAGUUGGAUUACUAACGGUCUUGGGCUUAUUUGAUCCAAGAGAAGUAUUUCCUCGGACUAAAUGAUCCCCAGAUGCAUAAAGGGAAUAUGUAUUGUCUUAUCUAACUGGCAAUACUGAUUUUUGUAUGUCAAACACUUUAUUUGUAUGAGGCGAAUUAUUUGUCAAUCUGCAGUUACUAAGGCCAGUAAAGUUUUGUCAUGUAUAAAUAGGGGCAUAAAUUCUCAAGAUGAAAAUAUAAUUUUGCCUCUUUAUAAAUCGCUGGUAAGACCACACCUUGAAUAUGUUGUGCAAAUUUGGGCACCUGUUCUAAAGAAAGAUAUUAUGGCACUAGAAAAAGUGCAGAGACGAGCUACAAAAUUGAUAAAAGGAAUGGAGCAUUUUAGUUACGAAGAAAGGUUAAAAAAAAAAUGAAAUCUCUUUAUUUUGGGAAAACGGCACCUCAGAGGAGAUAUGAUAAGAUUAUACAAAUAUAUUUGGGGCCUGUACAAACCAUUAUCUGGAAAUCUAUUCAUAAUCAGGCUAUACACGAGGUCACACAUUUAGGCUGGAAGAAAGGAGAUUUCAUCUAAGGCAAAGAAAAGGUUUUUUUUACAGUAAGAGCAAUAAGAAUAUGGAAUUCUGUGCCAGAAGAGCUGGUUUUAUCAGAGUCCAUACAGAUGUUUAAACAGCAAUUGGAUAAAUACUUGCAAAAACAUAACAUACAGGGAUAUAAUUUCUAAUUAGUGGGGUAAUAGCUGCUUGAUCCAAGGAGACAUCUGACUGCCAUUUUGGGGUCAAGAAGGAAUUUUUUCCUAGUUUGUUGCAAAAUUGGAAGCGCUUCAGACUGGGCUUUUUUGCCUUCUUUUGGAUCAACAGCAAAAACAUGUGAGGAAGGCUGAACUUGAUGGACGCAAGUCUCUUUUCAGCUGUGUAACUAUGUAAUUUAUUUGAUGCUCAGUCUCACUCAAAAUAUCUGUGUACAAAACUGUAUGUGCAAAUGAUCUAUGGACUUUUAAUAUAUUUACCCCAGCUGUGUCUAAAAAUAUAUAUAUAUAUGUAUAUAUAUAUUGUUCAUAGAGGAAAAAAAACACCACCAUUUUCUUCAUAAAGGAAACUUAACAUUUCUGAUAAGAUACAGCUCCUUGCUGCUACCAUCCCCAUCUAACUAAUACUCUAAUACCCUCUGGUACGAGACAGGCAGGACGUAGUAUAAACUGUAUCACUCUCAAGUUCAACUCUAUGAACAUAUAUGAAGUGGACAACUGCACAUUCUAACAUUUAGUUUAGAUUAAUUCCAGGCCGAACUUGCAUUGGAGAAACAAGUAAUGGUCUUUCAUAACAUUCUACUUAUUUCUCCUAUUGUAUAGGUACUAAUUUGCAGAUCAAUUAGUAUAGGUUUUGUAUUUUUCAUCUACAGCAGUAAUGUGGUCUUGACGUUCAUAUGAGCUUGUCUUUUUAAUCCGCAGGCAUGCAGUGCUGCAGGAUUUAUUACAGACAGGCUACAACUCUACGAAAUCUUGAAGAAAAACCAUGAUGCUUUGCUUGCGGAUCGGGCUGCAAACCAAAGCCAGCCAAUUAAGAUCACCCUAGCUAAUGGAAAUGUUAUUGAUGGGGAAUCCUGGAGAACCACUCCGUAUCAAGUGGCUGCUGGGAUUAGGUAAAAUGUCAUCGAGUCAGUUACUUGUAUUCACUAAUUCUUAACCAAACUGCAAAAUGCAAAAAAACAUUUUUGAAAAUUAAAAAAUAUCCUAGCUCAGCUAAUGCCAUACUGCGUUAGUUACUAAAGUGAGAAUUCAAACUAAUUUUUCAAUUUAAGGCCAAAGUCAAACUGGAAUUAGAGAAUGUUUCCGGCUCAACGAAUUUGGCCCAGCUCAAACAAGCUUACAUUCUAGUUAAGACAGAAUUUCACUUUUUAAUUUUCAGUUCAAUAAAACUCACUAUUUUUAAAAUGAAUCUUUAGGAGUUAUUUUAGAUUCCACUAGGAUAUUAAAACAGAUAAAUCUACAUUUUACAGUUUGGGCUUUCACUACAGUGCACUGUUUAGUUAAUACAUCCCAUGUAGUUUGAAAUGAAAAGUUGUCUGUUUGUCAUCACAUUUAUAUUUUAUUCUUUAGAACAGAUUAAGGUCACCGAAGACAUCUGGUAACAACUGUAUCACCAAUUUAAGACAUAACAAUACAGUAAACAUUAAAGAUAAUGGGAAGUCCAAAUUUGACAAACUAUUCUUAACUUUAAUGUUGUUUAGAAUACUGUGUGGUUUUGAACUAGGUGUAAGAGAUUCUUAGUGUACAUCAUUCCACAAUUCCAUAUCUCAUGAGUAGACAUAUAACAUUUGCUGAUCUCUCACACAUACAAGAAAUAUUUUUGAUCCCAUGCACUGAUCCUGUGGCAGAGGUUCCUGUGUCCAAGCAGCCACAUUACAAGUGUUGUGUGCUGUUUUGUGACCAUAUAGAGGUGAAAUGCAAAGUUCAGUAUUUUAGGUAAUUAACCAGGCAGGCACAUCGGUUUGCUUGUUACGAUUGUCAGGGUGUUUGUUAUAGUGGUCUCUUAAGAGUGUCAGAUUUACUUUAUAGGUAAAGUUCCCUAAUCACGAGUAUUGCUGAUAAAGUAUUUGAUUAUGUUUAUUAGUAAAUCAGUGUUUCAGUUUUUAUGAAUUUAUUUUAUCUGCUUCAUUGCGACCAAAAUCCUCUUUAUGUGAAUCAUUUGAUAACAUUUUAUUCGUUAUCCAAACUAUAGUAAAGCUAAUUCUAAUUAGAAUUGAGAUAGCUGAGUUUCUAAAGCAUGGAACUGGUCAUUUGGAAUUGCGUCAUAAUUUUAAACUAUAUAAAAUGCAUUGUGAUUAUAAAAAAAUAUUUCUCCAAAACGUGGUCUUUGUUCAGUGGCCCUAUACUCAUAGUCCUGCAAUGUAAAACGUUCCCGUCAUGGAAACACAGCAAACACACCUCUAGUGGCUGUCUCCCAUGUAGAGCUUCUCAUUGAGAACAUUUAAUUGGAAGAGUGCCUAUUGCACAUGAACUUCUCAUCCCCAAUGCUCCUCAAUGAGAAGCAUUGAACUAGAUGAGAAGACAACACACGUCAGCAUGCUUUCUGCAGAGUGGCCAGCUGCCAUGACAGUGUCUGGGAACGAAAGGCCAUGGAAAGGGGUCACUGCAAUGGCAGGGAACUCAUAGUACAGGGAAAAAAAAAUAUUAUUUUUGUAACUAUAGGUUCCCUUUAAGCUCCAAGAAUUAUUACCCCUGAGUAUUUUUUUUUAAAGCACCAUAUAACAGUACCAAGAAAAUAUUUGAUGACAGGGUCGCUUUAAUACCAAAAGUGGGAGAGUGCUGAGUUAUUAAAUGCAUUAGUCCUAGAAGCAUCUCAAACAUCGUAGUUGUAGGUUCUUUUUCCCAUUUGUCAUAAUAUAAAUAAAGUCAGUGUCAUUGAGUAGGGCAAUGAUAAUAUAUAGAACACAUGUUAUUCAUGUUGUUUGUUUAUAUAGACAAUAAAAUAAGAAUAUUCAGUAUACUGUAUACUGAUAUAUUGUAAACGAGUACAUAAAAUGUGUUUUAUUUUAAUACGUGAGACUGUUUACACUUGCAAUUUAGAUAUAUAUUUUUUUUUAUCCUUCCAUUCUCUAUAGUCGUGGCUUGGCUGAUAAUAUCGUCAUAGCUAAAGUGAACAAUGAGCUGUGGGACUUAGACCGGCCCUUAGAACGAGACUCGGUUGUGGAGCUGCUUCCAUUUGACAAUGAGGAAGCCCAAGCAGUAAGUAAAACUAUGUUGUUGCAUCUUCCAAAUGCUAUUCACAAUACUGUCUUAGCUGUGUUUUUAUGAUACAAACAGAAAUAUACUAAUUUAAACCACACAUCCAGCUGGGGAUUCUGUGGUUAUACAGUCGUCCCAGUAUCUGCCCUAUACAUUUAGGGCUUGGGGUGUUUUUUUACUAAUUACAUUUAGUGGCCCAAGUGUAACAAGAAGGAGUAUUUAAUUGGUUUCCAUGGUAAUUGUUCCAAGUUCAGAGCUUUUCUCCAAAAUGUGAUAUUGCAGAUAGUUCUGGUGCUGCUGAUGGUAAGAAAGUUAAUAGGUAUAUUGGUUGAUUGUUGAUGUUGUUGAUUGGUAUAUACUGGUAUAAAAAAGAAGGGUAGAAGGGGACUUGCAUUAGUGGAAAGAAAGAGGGGGAACACUGUUAGGGGAGUGGGAAGGCUAUGAAAGUAUAUAGGGGUAUUGCAGAGAAAUAAUCAAAGAGAACAUCUUCCACAAGAAGAGAAUAGGAGAACGGUAUGCAGACAUGGUGACACAAGGAACCAGAAGAACGAGGGACUCAAGCUAAGUCUUAAACAAGAGCUCCACAUUUCUACACUUUUUAUUUUCUAAUUUACUUCUGUGUUUACAUGAUCAACUUAUAUAGGUUUACUGGCAUUCAAGUGCUCACAUCCUUGGAGAGACAAUGGAGAACUAUUACGGAGGUUGCUUGUGCUACGGACCACCCAUUGAAAAUGGCUUUUAUUAUGAUAUGUUUUUAGAGGACAGGUAAAUACUCGCCUUGUGUGCAUGCGGGGCCUCAUAUAAAUAGUGUCUGUUAAUGCAGGGGUUCUCAGUCUUAUAAUCAGUCAUUUGUGAAGUCUGUGUGUUUUCCUCAAAAAAACAUCAUGGUAGUCCUUUUACUGUCCCUGUGUUUAUAUGUGUAUAAUCAUAGCUAACAAUUCUCAACAUUUAAAUAAUGUAUUAGCCCAGCUUUCUGAUUGUCUGUAUAUUUGCUUCUGUAGGGGGGUUUCAAGCAACGAGUUCCCAGUUCUGGAGAACAUGUGUAAAUCCAUUAUUAAGGAGAAGCAACCUUUUGAAAGGCUGGAAGUCAGUAAAGAUCUGCUAUUAAAAAUGUUCAAGGUACGGUAUAGUGAAAUGUAAAGAAUGUACGCUGUGUCUGCUCUGCUGUAUUUCUGUGUUGGCUAUGGAGUUACAAUAAGUUUCUCCGUAGCCUCACUUCACAAAGAAUAGGUAUAUUGUUUUAACGCAUCUGAUGUAUUUUCAUUAUUUGGAACCCGAUUGCUGUUUGUUACUUCUUUAACUGUAUUGCAAUGUUUUUGUUUGCAUGUAGUAUAACAAAUUCAAGUGCCGCAUUUUGAAUGAGAAGGUUGACACACCAACUACAACGGUAUACAGGUGAUUAAAGCACAUGUGUUUCAUUUUAUUUUUAUUGUUGUUAUUAUUUUUUUAUCCUGCUCCAGCAUUGAUUUAUGAGGGCAUCAGAGAGACAGGAUGUUUAAAUUAUUUGACAUUGCUUUGUAUUCAGAGAAGAAACUGAGCCUUAAAGUGAAUAGUGAUUUUCCUGAUGUCUGUUUACGAACGUGCAGAAUGCAGGGUCCUUUAUUCAUACUCGGAGAUCUAUCACAAAAAAAGAAAUAUUUAGCAGAGACUCAAGUAUUUCUGAUGACUUAAAGGUAGGCAGACAAUGUAAUAGAGCAGCAGGAAAUGCUAGCAGAAUGCUUGGUUGUAUAGGGAGAGGUAUUAGCAGUAGAAAGAGUGCUCAUGCCAUUGUACACAACACUGGUGAGACCUCACUUGGCGUAUUGUACACAGUACUGGAGACCGUAUCUUCAGAAGGAUAUUGAUACCUUAGAGAGGGUUCAGAGAAGGGCUACUAAACUGGUUCAUGGAUUGCGGGAUAAAACUUACCAGGAAAGGUUAAAGGAUCUUAACAUGUAUAGCUUGGAGGAAAGACGAGACAGGGGGGAUAUGAUAGAAACAUUUAAAUAUAUAAAGGGAAUCAACACAGUAAAGGAGGAGACUAUAUUUAAAAGAAGAAAAACUACCACAACAAGAGGACAUAGUCUUAAAUUAGAGGGACAAAGGUUUAAAAAUAAUAUCAGGAAGUAUUACUUUACUUCCAGCUGAAGUGGUAGAGGUUAACACAGUAAAGGAGUUUAAGCAUGCGUGGGAUAGGCAUAAGGCUAUCCUAACUAUACGAUAAGACUAGGGACUAAUGAAAGUAUUUAGAAAAAUCGGCAGACUAGAUGGGCCGAAUGGUUCUUAUCUGCCGUCACAUUCUAUGUUUCUAUGUAAGUAUUGCAUGGAAAUGACGGUGCACAACAUUAUUUGAUGCACAUCAUCUUUUCAUUUUUUACAUGGAAAUGGCAUCAGAAUGGUAAUUGCAAUCGCUCACCACUAGAGGCUUUUUGUACGUUCAAACUUUCUGCAAUCUGAAAGUGAAACACUAUUAACUAUUACAUUUGGAGUUUGUACAGCGAGAUACCGAUUUGUACAAACCAAUAAUACAAAUGACUAUGGAAUUCUCUGUGUGGUUUUAAACCCUAUUUGUGUCUGAGAUUUCAGAGUUUUCGUACAUCUGAUUGUUUUAUAUCACAUCUGCCCUUUUUUGUAACAUGGGUUUUUACUAAAGUAAGAAUUUCAAAGUCAAAAUAGCCGAACUGGAAACAUUCUCAAUUAGUCAGUUAUGCUUAACAUUCGGCUAGUGUUGGCUUAAAGGGACAUUCCAGUUUUCCUGGCACUGCAGGUCCCCUCUCCCUCCCACCCCCCAUCCCAGGUUGCUGAAGGGGUUUAAACCCCUUCAGUGACUUACCGGAGUCCAGCGCUGAUGUCCCUCGCCGCUCCUCCCCCGCAGACGUCAUCCGGCGGGGAGACCGAUUGUGCAUGCGCGGCUGCCGGUGGGGUGAGACCUCAUGCGCAUGCGCCUUAGACCUCUCCAUAGGAAAGCAUUGAAAAAUGCUUUCAAUGCUUCCCUGUGGGGAUUUUAGCGACGCUGGAGGUCCUCAAAUAGCGUGAGGACGUCAAUAGCGUGAGGACAGCCACUAGAGGAGGAGUUAACCCUGCAAGGUAAAUAUAGCAGUUUACGAAAACUGCAUUAUUUACAGUUGCAGGGUUAAGGGUAGUGGGAGUUGGCACCCAGACCACUCCAAUGGGCAGAAGUGGUCUGGGUGUCUGGAGUGUCCCUUUAAAUUUGAAAGUCUCACCUUAGUGAAUAAAGCCUGUACAUUUCUGGGUUGUGAUCAGGGGAAUCCCGAUAGUUGUGCAUUUCCAUAUUUGAGUUAUGUAUUUGCUUGCUAAAUAAUUGUUUUUCAAUAUAUUUCAUGUUUACAGAUGUGGUCCUCUUAUUGACUUGUGUAGAGGACCCCAUGUGAGACACACUGGCAAAAUUAAAGCCUUAAAAAUAUAUAAGGUGAGCAAGUCAUUUUAGUGGCAGAACUAUGUCUUGGGAAACCUUUGCUGUAAAUCUACCGACUUCUGUAAAUGUUGCUGUAAAUCUACCGACUUCUGCAAAUGUAACGCAAGCAUGCCAUAAUGUUGGUUAAAUAAUGAAGGUUAAUAGAUAUGGGGAAAAAAAUAAAUGUUCGUGGAUUUAUCAAGCAACACUUUCUAUGUACUUUCUUCCUAAACCAAUAUAAAAUUACAGAAUUCUUCAACAUACUGGGAAGGGAAGGCUGAUAUGGAAACUCUACAAAGAAUCUACGGAAUAUCCUUUCCUGAUACCAAACUAAUGAAAGAAUGGGAAAAAAUGCAGGAAGAGGCCAAAAACAGAGACCACAGGAAAAUUGGAAAGGUAUGUGUUGGUCUUACCGAGUUUUAAGAAGGGAUGAUUUCUGUUCAAUACAAUCAUAUAAUGGAACAUUUAAUCACAAAGGUAUUUAAAUCCUAUAUACUAGUAUAUACCAGUACACAUUGAUGGCUGCCAGUUAACCCUUAACAAUGUUGCUGAAAUCACAAUCCCAUUGUUCUGUUACUCUUUAAAAUAUUUUUACCUUUAUUGGAUUGGUUAAAACGUGCCCAAUGUCCCACAUUAAAUCCUCAACAUUUGGAGUACACAAUCCUGCUUAAGACAAUUCAGCAGCACAUUGAUGGAACUGUUAAAUCGGCAAAUUCCUAAAACACUAAUACCCCAAAAUGUAAGUGUUAAUUAAUGGAUAAGAAGCAUAAACAGUAAAACAUGUUCCCCUGGCUGAUAUUUUUUGUGUAGACCUUUAAAGCUAUUGCAUUCUCUUUGGGAGUUGAUUAUAUUGGGGCUUUCUGGAUCCAGAUCUUACCUUAUAUAUUGUAUAGACGUAUCAACUACAGGCAACAACAUGUCUUCAUUCCCAUCCUAGGAACAAGAACUUUUCUUCUUUCAUGAGCUGAGUCCAGGCAGCUGCUUCUUUAUGCCCCGAGGAGCCCAUAUUUAUAACACCCUCAUUGAAUUCAUUAAAGUAAGUGCAAUACAGUAAGUGUGUUUUAGUCUAGUCCAGAUUAUGCAACAAAUCACGAGCUGAAAUUACAUUCAUUGACUAACACUUGCCUCUAGUUUUAUGAGCAAAGUUCAGUAACAGACUGCGGGAUUUCCGGCAUUAAAACUUACCUGAAUACUAAGCAGUGUUAGAACCCCAGACAGUACUGAACUACAAAAAAAAAACCAUAAAGCAUGAAAUAUGAAAUAAUACAAAAUAACAGGGAUGACAAAAAUAACUUGGAUUCACAAGACUCAGAUUUAGCCACUUCUCCCAUCACUCAUCCAGAAAUAGAAACAUAGAAUGUGACGGCAGAUAAGAACCAUUCGGACCAUCUAGUCUGCCCAUUUUUAAAAAAAUACUUUCAUUAGUCCUUUGUCUUAUCUUAUAGUUAGGAUAGCCUUAUGCCUAUCCCACGCAUGCUUAAACUCCUUUACUGUGUUAACCUCUACCACUUCAGCUGGAAGGCUAUUCCAUUCAUCCACUACCCUCUCAGUAAAGUAAUACUUCCUGAUAUUAUUUUUAAAUCUUUGUCCCUCUAAUUUAAGACUAUGUCCUCUUGUUGUGGUAGUUUUUCUUCUUUUAAAUAUAGUCUCCUCCUUUACUGUGUUGAUUCCCUUUACGUAUUUAAAUGUUUCUAUCAUAUCCCCCCUGUCUCGUCUUUCCUCCAAGCUAUACAGGUUAAGAUCCUUUAACCUUUCCUUGAAAUGAGGAAUAAUGUUUAGCAAUUUUGUUUUGAAAUUAAACAUUUGUUUGAGGUUUUAAGCUUGCUACAAUAUACAGUAGAAGAUACAGUUACAUUUCACAUAAUAACUCCAUUAAUUAGUAGGACGAUUAGAAAAAAUAAAAAGAGCAAAGGACAGGGAGAGAGAGGAAGAAGAGACAAUAAAAGGAAUACCUUGUGAGGUUUGUGGUCAGAAACGUAAAUAAGAAUUUUUUUUAAUGGUUUGCUCGUUGUAGCCAUUUGGGUAGCUGCUUAUGACUUAACUCAGAUAUUCCCUCAUGUUUUACUUUUUAGCCAGGCCUCGAUUGUGUGGCAGCUGACUUAUUUUCUACAUUUGCUGCACAAUUUAUUUUCAUGCGCUUUAGAUUGAAUUAUAACACUUCUCAUGGAUGUUUCCAUAAAACAGGGGUGUGAUUUUAUUUUUGUAAUCCUAAUACAUAAAAAUUCUUAUCUUAUCAGUUUUGGUACUUGGAGAUAUGCUGGCCCAUUUACAUUUUUGUUUUGAAUAUUUUUAUUUUAUGCACAAUAGGAAUUUAGGUAUCAAACUGAUUUAUAAUAAAGCAAAAGAUUGCCCACGCAGGGGCUGCAACAGUGAUCUAACUCAGUAUUCCUUUGGUUGCCUGCGCAGAGGCGGAUUUGUUUUACAAGCAGGUAAAGCCUAUGGUUGCCUACGCAGAGGCGUUUCGGAUAUAACGUGCAGGUACUAUAGGAAAAAAAAAAAAAUAGAUAUAUGCAAAAACAAACCAAUAAUGCUUAACUUGUUUAGGAUCUACUGAUGAGAGUAUAUAGAAGCGAGCAGAUGCUGAUGCUAAGCACUGUGCAUGUUCAACAUGAAGGGCUUCGUUAAGCUUAAAUAACCGCCAAUAAGUAUGGUGCGGUAAACAUAUAUGGUGAAAAUGAUAUAUUAGUCAGGCACCGUGAGGUACUGAUAUAUCCUGUCUGUAACAGCAUAGCAGUGUCUAGCUAAUUGCAAAAUAAGCAUGUCAAGGAUCAAGUGUAUUGAUAUUAGAAAUAAUUAUGUCAUCAACAUUACAUCAUAUCUGUAACAGUAUAGCAGUGUCUAGCUAAUUGGAAAAUAAGCAUGUCAUGGAUCAAGUGUAUUGAUAUUAGGAAUAAUUAUGUCAUCGACAUGGUAUAUGCUGAGCUGUAUCUGAGAAACAAUAUUAUAUGAGUCUCUCCACCGGAGAUGGCGCUGUAAUGCCUGGUGAGGAGAAAUGUCCAGCAUGGGGUUAAUGGCCUCCUGUGAGGCUUCUAAGCUGGCUUCCCUCUAUGAGGCCUCUUGCAGGUUUAUGCCCUGGAUGCAUCUUUAUGCCACGCUGGGUGUUUAUUGCAGGAUCUCUCCAGCUCCCCCGGUGCGGCCAAUCCCCUCUGUUCCCCUCCUGGCUUGCUCCGGUCAGCCAGCUUAGGGUUCCACAGUGCUGUGGGCACUCAGGGACAUCGGUAGUCCAGCAGGCCCCCCCCCCCGAGAAGUCCCCGGGCUCCUGUCCCCUGCACCUCCCCAACCCCUGCAGUUCCCCCUUGGAGCUCCAGCCCCGGUAGGCCUCGCCUGUUUUCCGGCCUCUUGCAUGUCGCCGGUGGUUGCUCCCCCCGCCACCGGUCCGCCGGGGGCCCAACCCACACCAGCGCCAUAGGGCUCACAGAGUUGGGGGUAGGCCUCCCUGGACCACCACCAAAUCCAGGGGCCAGGGCCGGCUCCCCACCGACCUUUCUGCCGCCCAGAGGGGUCCGUCUGUGGGAUCCGUCGCCUCAGUGGGUCCUGGCGACCCUGCGUAGCUCCCAGUGGCUCGUGUGUUCUGCGGCCAUGAUAGCUCCACGUGCAAAAGGGCUCCGCCUUGUGUGGGCCUCCUACCGGAGAUCGACUCAUGGGCCGGGAUUACCCCCGCCGGCCCGAGGGGGGGGGGAGCGGGGCCGGGUCCGGACUCCCCUCUCUCCCUCAGCUAUCUGGUCUCGCGGCUCCUGCCGUCGUCCUGCAUGCGUAGGCCCCUUGGGAUCAUUGUGCUCCGGCUGUGCGGGCUGCGCGGUGACGGCUUGGCAGGUAUCCCUGCAGUUUUGUCUCCUGUGCCGCUCCCUGCUUGUUGUUUGUUUCUGCCCCGGCUCUGGGUGAGCGUUUGGUGCAGUAUUGCGGUGUAUUUAAGUGGCCCAGAGCCGGAGCUAGCAUGGAUGGCUGCCGCUCGGCUCGGCGGCCCGGCCCCGCCCCCCCCCAUUUACAUUUUUUACAUAUUUUAGUGGUUGGAUUUACACAAUAUUAGCAUAUUAAUGGGAUAUUAUUGGCACCAUAACCACCUAAUUUCAUUGACAUUAUUAUAAUGCCUAAAGUCCCCUGGUGCUGGCUAACAAUUCAAUGUUUUUAAACAGUUUAAAACUGAAUGAGAGUUCCUGUGCACCUACAGCUAUGGCUAAGGUGGCGCUACACUCUGAUUUAUCCAUACCAGCUUACACCUGCAACGGGUGGCAGUUAUAGGCUAAGGGAGCUCAGCUGACAAUCCCAGCCAAUCACUGCUGCCCAUCUAUUCUUGGGCUAAUGUGUUCAAAAACAAUUUGACAAUGAGCUGGCACCAGGGGACUCCAGGUACCAUAACUACUUAAUUGAGAUGAACUGAUUAUGGUGUAGCCAUCCCUUUAAAUAUUACAAUGUUUAGAUAAUAGUAUCCAUUGACUAUCAGUAAUCAUAAUUUCAAAUAAUACUUUCACAUGUAAAGCAACACAUUAUGAUUUCAGUAUGUUUAUAAAAAUGUUUUUUUGACAUACCAGUAUUUAAUACCAUUAUUUCCAUAAUCUGCUAGGAUGAAUACCAGAAUCGAUAUUUUACCGAGGUAGCAACACCCAAUAUUUAUAACAGCAAACUGUGGGAGGCAUCAGGUCACUGGCAGCAUUAUAGCGAGAACAUGUUCUCCUUCGAGGUAGAGAAAGAAACCUUCGCUCUGAAACCGAUGAACUGUCCAGGACAUUGGUAAGUAGAAGAACGCCAAAUAAUAUGAUUUCUGUUUUGGAGUACGUGCCAUUUUAACAUAAACAAAUACACUCUAACACAUUCAGCUUUGUUGCAUUUUGCCACUUAGACAACUGACAAGUUUAACAUAGAGUAGAAGUAGUUGAAGCAAUCCUCACAAAUGGAUGGGGAUAUGGAACUUGAAUUUCCAAACUAUUUUUUAAUGAUGCUGAGCAACAGUAAUCACACUAUGUAUAUAUCAAAGUAAAAGAAAAUACUUGCACAAAUUGUUCUUCAUGACGCCUAAUUGUAUCAAUAAUAGGCGUAUCUCGAACUUUCUCAAGCCUGACGAAGACAUGGUUUGUCAGUCAAAACAUUGACUUUCACUGAUGCAAAAAUAAUCAUAAAGUAUAUUUCAUAGUAGGUGUGUUAUUAAUAUGUUUUGUUUUUUUAAAUAUAUAUUUUUUGGCUCACUGAACUCUUCAGUUGUAUUAGCAUCACCAGUUAAGAUCGAAAGUAUUCUAUAAGUGAGACAAUAUACUGUCCUCUUGUUAAAUAUAGAAGAACAUGUGGUCAUGGUGGACGGUUCACCAGAGGGAAUUGUUGUGCCAGAUAUUUAUUUUGGUUUUCUUGAGUGUGUCAUCAUUCUGUUAUUUCUUUCCAUAAUCCCUAUGCAUUUAGAACUUGAAAUAGAUUUCAGCUUAAAGUGAAGUGCAGGUUUUAAAUGAGUAUGGAAGUUAAAAUGUGAUCCUGGAGAAGCCAGUGAAAUGCAUUGGGUAGCAAGACAUAUUCUCUAUAUUUGCUGUUAGUUUUCACUGAGUGCAGUUUGGACAUAUGUAUUGAAGUGAGAUUCCAAAAAAGGAAUAGUAGCUGCCUUUUUGUAUAGUGAAGUAUUUCAUAUUUGCUUGCAGCCUGAUGUUUGGUCACCGUCCUCGGUCAUGGAGAGAACUACCUCUGCGGUUUGCUGAUUUUGGUGUCCUUCAUCGUAAUGAGCUUUCUGGGACUUUAAGUGGGCUGACCCGAGUCAGGAGGUUUCAACAGGAUGAUGCUCAUAUUUUUUGCACCAUGGAGCAGGUAAAAUAGCCACAAAAAUAUACUCACUUAUGCUGACAUACAAACACUAACCUCAGUCAAACAGAUCUAUAUCCCGGAUUGCAUUUUAAAUAAGGUUCUUCACUCAUAAUGGUGGCAAAGGUCAGUAUUUGAAUCUCACCCAAAAUCAUUCGCAGGACUAAAUUUAUACAUUGUCAACAAUUUUGUAGCUGUGUAAUGCAAAUUUGUGUAAUAUAUGUUUUAUGUAAGGAUUUUUAAAGGGACACUAUAGUCACCUGAACAACUUCAGCUUAAUGUAGUUGUUCUGGUGAGUAUAAUAGUUCCCUUUGGGAUUUUUUUCAUGCAAAUAGUGCCUUUUCAGAGUAUAUAAUGUAUUACAUUAUAUCUACUGUAAGGAAGCCUCAAAGCCUCAUCUUUCAGCUAUGACAAAUCAAAAACAAAGGUUGCAGUGAAGGUAUAAUGUUGUUUUAAUAUUACAACUUCUCCUUUUCAGAUAGAGGAGGAGAUGAAAGGAUGCUUAGAGUUCUUGCAGUCUGUAUAUGAUGUGUUUGGAUUCACUUUCCAACUGCACCUCUCAACUAGACCUGAGAAUUACCUGGGAGAAAUAGAGAUCUGGGAUCAAGCUGAAAAGGUCAUUUUAAAAACUCCCGUGUAUAAUUAUUACUUUAGUUAUUUGAUGUGUUUUACAUACCGUAAUUUAUUUUACUGUUCUGUGUAUCCAUAGCAACUUGAAAACAGUCUGAACAAUUUUGGCCAGCCAUGGAAACUAAACCCAGGAGAUGGAGCAUUUUAUGGCCCAAAGGUUGGUUACCUGGAAUCUGCUACUUUUUGUAUAUUUUAACCCAGUAAUAAAGCAUAUAAAACAUUAGGAAACUUUAAUGUAUCCGGUACUUAAUUUCAGAUUGAUAUAACUAUCAGGGACGCCAUUGGCCGGUACCAUCAGUGUGCUACCAUACAACUAGAUUUCCAGUUGCCCAUUAGAUUUAACUUGACUUAUGUAAGGUAAGUGACAUUUAUUUUUUAUUAAGGAACACCCAAAUGUCUGCUUGAUAUUGCAGAGCCCCCACUUUUGAACACCCUGCAUCCCUUCCCCUCUCCCCCCCACCACCCCCUUUGUUUCCUCCCUCUCUGUUCUCCCCUCUUUUUUUUUCUUCACUCUCCUCUCUGUCUGUUCUAUAUACUGGGCACAGGCUGCUGUGAUUAGAGACCUGCCUAUGGGCUAUUUAAUCACUGGCCCUCUUAGAGACCUAGCAAACUCAAGGACAAGUUGUGUUUGGUGUCCUGACAUCUUGUUUAUGACCAUGUAAACCUUAUAUUAUGUAAACAGUACAACUCCUGAAACUUGACUUCACACAGUAACUCAGGCACUGUUGAUGUCAAUUCUGAAUGCUACUGUAUGGUUAUCCCUCUUAUAAAAUGUGCAAAUAAAGAGUAUCAAAGGAAGGGGAGGGGGUACAAACUCACUUCACAAGCUCCAGUCUAUAAGUGCCAGUGGAAACCAAUGCAGUAUUGUGUAGUGUUAUUAGUAAUUCUCUGUACCUCCCUUUUUGAUAACACUUGUUUUGGAAAUGUUCAUUGGCAUACCAUGCAUAUUGUUUUUGUUAUGCUAUUAGCCUCUAUAGAAAUUGAUACCAGGACAACAGUAUGUAUUAAAGUAUAAAUUGCUCUCAUAUUCUAAUUUAUUCCUGUUUUCCUGCUAAAAACUAAAAAUCUAAAAUAAGGAUUGUCAAAAAAAAAAUGUUUUAUUUUAUUUUACAUAUUCACACCAAGAAGGAGUGAUAAAAAGCAAGUAAUCUGUUGCUCAGCCAUGUAUCUUAUGUUUAGCCAGAUAUAUUAAACAUGUGUUAAAGUGGAGUUAGCAAGCAGAGCACGCUGGAAAAGAAAGAGGCACUCUACGCACAAUAACUACUACAGCCCACUGUAGUGGUUAUGGUGCCAGGAGUUUGGCACUUACCUAGUAUUUCAUUAAUUGGUUAAGAGUGUCAGUUCACAUUCUCAGCUAGUGAAUUUUAUUUAAAGACUGAAUAGUUAGUAGAACUUCCACUUUAACUAUAUCUGUGAAAUGGGAUGAAAGGGGCUGUAAGCACCAGGGGGAUCCAGGUACGUGACCAACCAUUUGGAAACAUUUUGUCUUUUUUUCAUAGAUAUGUUAUUGGAGAAUCUUUUCUUUUCACUAUGGAUUUAUUUUAAUUAGGGAGCCCUAACACAUUGUCAUUUUCUGUGUGUUCAUGUAUACAUCAAUAAUAAAGUUUUAUUUUAAAAUCCUUCACUUGCAGCAAGGAUGGAGAUGAUAAGAAGAGACCGGUUAUUAUUCAUCGUGCCAUCUUGGGCUCAGUGGAGAGAAUGAUAGCAAUUCUUUGCGAAAACUAUGCUGGAAAAUGGUGUGUAUAACUAAUUUAUCUUUGUGUUCAGCAAACGAAAACAACAUGGAAAUAUUUCCUGUGUUACUGUAUCUCUCAGAAUAAUACUGUAUCUCUCAGAAUAAUAUCACACAGAGAGACAGCCACUAGAGGCUUGAUUAACCCUGCAAUGUAAACAUAGCAGUGUCUCUGUGUUUUCAGCUGCAGGGUUAAAACUAGGGGAACCUGGCACUCAGGCCACUUCAUUGAGCUAAAGUGGUCUGGGUGCCUAUAGUGGUCCUUUAAAUAAUGAUUGAUUGAUCAUUUAUCCUCCUGAAACUAUCCACCUUUAAUUUACUUUCGUUUUGUCGUCAUUUUAAUUAAUUUCAAUUAAAUUUCUCCCCAACUCGCAUUAAUAUUAAAAGCCAGAACCAUACCUUGCUCGAUUGGAUUCUCUCCAACUGUCCUGACAGAAUCCAGGAGGCGGGCGUUCUCCCUAACAGUUUCAGUGACCGCUGUCUAGUGUACUGCAUGCGCAAAAUAAAGGCCACCAAAUCCCCUCCCAAGAUUAUAAUUACCAGGUCUUUCAAAAAAUGUAAUCUUGAAUCCUUUUUAAAUGAUCUGAAGAACAUACCAUGGCACAGAUUAGGUCUAAUACCAGAUCUAGACUCUGCAAUUGCAUUUUUUCAGUCCGAGCUCUUGCUUGUUUGGAAUUUGCAUGCCCCUUUGCGUAAAGUGCAACUAAAAGGGACACACCUGUCCUGGGUUACAGCUGACCUCAUAUAAAUGUACCAGUUUAGAGAUUCACUGUGGUCAAAGUUCAAGCCUACUGGCUCCAUGAACGAUCACUGUACUUACAGACAAUGGCGAAAUGCAUGCACAAAACAGACAAAAAUACAUAGAAAAAGAAUGCCAGAAAAACCCUGGCCGGUAAUGGGAGUUUGAAAGGCAUUCUAAUUAUAGGAAACAUAACUUAACCAUAGCAUACUCACACACAAUGAGAGGAGCACUGAUCCAGAAGGAAAGUUUAGGAUUAACCAAGGGAAGUUAGUCACAAGAGACCAUAAUUGGUAGCAAAGACGGAUGUCCUAAAAUUUGGGUAUUCAAAGAAUCUUUUACUGGAGGGCACUACGGGGCUCCUUAACCUUGUGAAGAAGACACAAAGGAUUCCAUUAAGUGAUUAAGUUAAGAAACUGGUUUAGGAGGCUAAAUUAGUGUCUCUCGCUCAAUCCAACCAACCCAACAACUUUUGAUGCGUUUCAGACUUCCUCUAUCUUGGUAUCUUUCUUUUAGCCACACUUAGAAAAUAUCUUGUGUAGACUUUUUAUAUUAUAAAAUCGGCAGGGCAAUAAUAUACAGUAGGACCUACUUUUUAUUGCCUUCCCCAACAAGUGCCUCUAAAGCACAAGUGUCCAUCUUUGGCCAGUUGACAUAUUUGGAGGUGUGUAAUUGAGUUUCAAAUCGCAAUUUGUUUAUAUGAAGAUUUAAGUAUUGUGAUGCCUCUUGUUUCAUUUCUCCACCAGGCCAUUCUGGCUGUCACCCCGUCAAGUCAUGGUAGUUCCAAUAGGACCAAGCUGUGAAGAAUAUGCACAACAGGUAGGCAGUGUCCUUUCAAAUGGUAUGAUCUAAAUGGGUGUGUAAACAUUUGGAGGCAACUGUUCUACCCUCAGAACUUCAUCGAACAAUGGUCCUGGUUGCUGUCCUCACUAUUUUUACUCAUUAAAAUGUAUCUGUGUGUGAAAAUGGAAAUUUCUGAAAAGUCAUUUUAAAUUACAACUAUAUUCGUCUAUCUAAAAACAGUUAACCCAUUCAAGAUUAAUGACAUGUUCGUACUUUCACUUUUGCAAAGGAUUUACCAACAUUUAAAAACAAAAAUAUGUUAAGAUCCAUGGUUUAUCACGUUAUUUUACAUUUCUGUCCAUUUCAAGACAGUUUUGGUUUUUAAUUUUUUUUUUUAUGUUUAUUCUUCAUUAAUAAAUCUGUUUUUAAAAUCUUUAACCUUUGGUGUUUGUCUCCAUGUAAUUCAAUUGCAUAUGGGUUAUAUUACACUGGCUGGUAGUGGUUAAUAUGUGGUUCGUAUUACAGUGCAUUAUAUCGUUAUUAGACAGCUUAUCUAUAGAUAGCACAGUACUAUCCCUUUUAAACAUAAAUUAUUGUCUCUAGGUUUAGAGGUUUUUAGCCUAGUUUAGUACUGUUGCCACCCCCUUGUUUCUUUCUUUUUUUACCCCACCCUCCCUUUUUCCCCUCCCUCUCUCUCUCUUCCACUCCUUGCCUAUAUGUUAUUUUGUGUGUAUUUGGAUUAAAGGACCACUCUAGGCACCCAGACCACUUCAGCUUAAUGAAAUGGUCUGGGUGCCUGGUCCACCUAGGGUUAACCCAUUUUUUAAUAAACAUAGCAGUUUCAGAGAAACUGCUAUGUUUGUGAAUGGGUUAAGCCUUCCCCCUAAUCCUCUACUGGCUGUCUCAUUGACAGCCACUAGAGGCGCUUGCGUGCUUCUCACUGUGAUUUUCACAGUGAGAGCACGCCAGCGUCCAUAGGAAAGCAUUGUAAAUGCUUUCCUAUGAGACCGGCUGAAUGCGCGCGCAGCUCUUGCCGCGCGUGCGCAUUCAGCCGGCGGGGUGUAACGGAGGAGGAGAGGAGGGAGAGCUCUCCGCCCAGCGCUGGAAAAAGGUAAGUUUAAACCCCUUUCCCCCUUCCAGAGCCGGGCGGGAGGGGGACCCUGAGGGUGGGGGCACCUUCAGGGCACUAUAGUGCCAGGAAAACGAGUAUGUUUUCCUGGCACUAUAGUGGUCCUUUAAGUUUCCUAGUAAUCAUGCUUCAUAUUUGUUUAUUCUUUUCUGAGAACAGUAAACUGCCUAUCAAGCUAAUCGGGCCCCUUUUCUGGUAUUAUGUUAUUGUGUUCUAGGUGUGUAAAGACUUCUUCGAUGCAGGCUUUAUGGCUGAUGUGGACCUCGACCACGGCUGUACAUUAAACAAGAAAAUACGAAAUGCACAGCUGGCUCAGUACAAUUUCAUUUUCGGUAAUUUUACAAAACAGACACAAUAUCAUACUAUUGAACCAUAUACUCGGCCAAGUUUUUUUUGUGUGUGUGAACAAAAGCUGCACUUUAUUAUGACCUUUGCCAUUUCAAAAAACUUCAAGACCCUUCCUAUGAACUUUUAAAAAAUCAGUAUAAUGGAUUUCAUUCAUCCUGCAUUCUAAAUUGUAGUAUGCGUUGUCACCAUGCAGUUAUAGUCCAUCUUUGUGUACUACAACUAAUAGAGAAGGAACAUAUAAAGAUUAGAAGAAGAGACACAUACACAGAAAUUAUUAAAUUGAAACUCUGGCAUUGGUGCUAUGCCAUACCUGCUGGAAGGUUGAGGAAAGUAGGCAAUGUUUCCCCAACAAAUGGGUUUAGUCCCCCCAUUGAAUCAAUGCAUCUCUAUGGAGAAAGUUCAGCAUCAGUGUGCAGCACUGACCCAGGAAGCACCUCUAGCAGCCACUGGAGGUCUCCCUAGGCAGUGUUUACAUUAAAAAAGCCUAUAGGGACAGGCUAUUUUCACCAAAAUAUUUCUAAUAUAGGCUUCCUGUGCUCAUCACAGUGAAACAGAAUACAUAUUAACACGUUGAUACUAGCCAUAAUAGCAGUAUCUCGCUAGUCUUCAAUGUAAAACAUAGUCUGGUUUAUUCCAUGAUGACUUUAAAUAUAAGUAAGGACCAGGAAGCAUGCGCAGGAUUGGAUUUCAAGAGUUCGUAGCCAUUAAUGGUAAAUAUUUACUGUGCGUUAUUAUGCAAGCUGAAGUAUUACUGUGAAUUCUUUAAAAACUGAGAUGAAGUCAAUGAAGUUUUAUAAGCACAAGCACAAGCAUUAUUCUCGGUUAGUGUGCCUGGACAAGUCUAGCCCCAUAGAAGUCAAUAGUGUAUAUGCUAGCCACAAAUUAUGUACCACUACCUGUGUUAUACCUAUAUCUCCCGUGACAAAAGAAAAGCAGUCAGCAUUAGCUAAUUAGACAUGCCUUCAUUAAUUAGCCUUUUCACUAUCAAAUCGAAAAGAGCGUAAUAUUACAUUCUAUGGGAACUAUGCCAGCAAAUCUCAUGGACAUUUCACAGAUGGAAAAUAACAGCUACACUGUGAUUGGCUGAGACAAAUGUUUUCUAAUGUACAUAUUGUGCUUACAGUGGUCGGAGAGAAAGAAAAAACAAACAACGCUGUGAACGUGCGCACAAGAGAUAACAAUGUACAUGGAGAGAUUUCUAUAAACUCUGCCAUAGAGAAGCUGCUGAAGUUGAAGAAGUCGCACUGUAGAAACGCCGAAGAGGAAUUCUAAAGAUGAAAGAAAAAAUUAUUUAUUUGAAUUUUCACUCACGUUGGAUAAGUUAAAGUGGCUCUAAAACAAAUACUGUUUGCACCAUAAUAAAUUGUAAAAGAAAGGGACUUACAUCAUGCUGACCUGUCUUUAAGCUGUUCAGUAUUUUUUUUUAAUAAAAAAAACAAAAAACUACAAAACUGAAUAAAAUAUUUCUAAUGUAAACAGGUGGCAUUCUGCAAAAUCAGGCAGCUAACACACUGUAUAUUCUCUUCCUGGCACAGCUGAAUGCUGGCAAGAUGGAGUUCUCAGGUUCUUAUUGGCUGCUAGUAUGACAUGCUAAAAAUACCUUUUUUAAUCACUGCUUGUCUGAAUUAAAUUCAAAGUGUAAUUGCAGCUACUACUUACUGUAUUUUGUUUUGUAAUAUUAAUCUGUUGGGGUUCCAUUGAUUUAUUUGAUGAAAACGUAAUGUGAUAGAGCUACUUUAAUGGUUUAAGAUUGUAAUUGCAAAUAAAUUUAACUUCCUGUCCUAGUAGUAAUUGUGUUAUUUUUAAAAAAAAUUAAUGUGAGACCUUUAAUUACAUAGUUACAUAGCUGAAAAGAGACUUGCGUCCAUCAGGUUCAGCCUUCCUCAUGUUUGUUUUUUGCUGUUGAUCCAAAAGAAGGCAAAAACCUAGUCUGAGGCACUUCCAAUUUUGCAACAAACUAGGGGGGGGGGGGAAUCCUUAUUGACCCCAGAAUGGCAGUCAGAUUUAUCCUUGGGUCAAGAAGCUGUUACUCCACUUAUUAAAAAUGAUAUCCAUGUAUAUUAUGUUUUAACAAGUAUUUAUCCCAUUGCUGUUUAAACAUCUGUAUGGACUCUGAUAGAGAAUUCUGUAUCCUUAAGGGACCACUAUGGGCACCCAGACCACUUCAGCUUAAAGGACCACUCUAGGCACCCAGACCACUUCAGCUUAAUGAAGUGGUCUGGGUGCCAGGUCCAGCUAGGGUUAACCCAUUUUUUCAUAAACAUAGCAGUUUCAGAGAAACUGCUAUGUUUAUCAAUGGGUUAAGCCUUCCCCUAUUUCCUCUAGUGGCUGUCUCAUUGAUUUUCACGGUGAGAGCACGCAAGUGUCCAUAGGAAAGCAUUAUGAAAGCUUUCCUAUGUGACCGGCUGAAUGCGCAUUCAGCCGACGGGGAGGAGAAGAGGAGGAUCGGAGGAGGAGAGCUCUCCGCCCAGCGCUGGAAAAAGGUAAGUUUAACCCCUUUUCCCCUUUCCAGAGCCGGGCGGGAAGGGGUCCCUGAGGGUGGGGGUACCCUCAGGGCACCAUAGUGCCAGGAAGUGGUCCUUUAAUGAAGUGGACUGGGUGCCAGGUCCAGCUAGGGUUAACCCUUUUUUCUAUAAACAUAGCAGUUUCAGAGAAACUAUGUUUAUAUUAGGGUUAAUCCAGCCUCUAGUGGCUGUCUCAUGGACAGCCGCUAGAGGCGCUUGCGUGCUUCUCACUGUGAUUUUCACAGUGAGAAGAUGCCAGCGUCCAUAGGAAAGCAUUGUGAAUGCUUUCCUAUGAGACUGGCUGAAUGCGCGCGCGACUCUUGCCGCGCAUGCGCAUUCAGCCAAGGAGGAGUAGAGCUCCCCGCCCGGCGCUGGAGAAAGAGGUAAGUUUAACCCCUUCCUCACCCUAUAGCCCGGCGGGAGGGGGACCCUGAGGAUGGGGGCACCCUCAGGGCACUAUAGUGCCAGGAAAACGAGUAUGUUUUCCUGGCACUAUAGUCAGGGACGUAUUAGCCACGAGGCAAAAAACGCCACCCCCAAAUGCCCAGGGCAAAUGCCCAGUUAGCCUCGCGGCUAACUGACAUCCCGAGCGGGCGGGCGGUGCUGGCAGGCGGGCGGCUGACGAGGGAGCACUUCCCCUGAGCUGUCUGCUCAGCUCCCUCGCGCGCUGCAGAGUGAAGCUGGGAGCCGGAAGAUGACGUCAUAUUCCGGCUCCCAGCCUCACUCUGCAGCCGGCGCACGAGGGAGCUGAGCUGACAGCUCAGGGGAAGUGCUCCCUCGCCAGCCGCCCGCCCGCCCGACCUGCAGCCACUGGACCACCAGGGAGAAAGAGACCUCCCCCCCCAGCACUCCCAAAGGUAAGGAGGUUGGGGGGGGAUUUAAAUUAAAAAAAAGUUAAUGUGUGUGUGUGUUUGUGUCUGACUCUGUGUGUGACUGUGUGUGUGUUUGUGUCUGACUCUGUGUGUAUCUGACUGUGUUUGUGAGUGUGUGUGUGUGUUUGUGUCUGACUGUGUGUGUGUUUGUCUGACUGUGUUUGUGUAUGUGUCUGUGUAUGUGUCUGACUCUGUGUGUGUCUGACUGUGUUUGUGAGUGUGUGUGUGUGUUUGUAUCUGACUGUGUUUGUGAGUGUGUGUGUUUGUGUCUGACUGUGUGUCUGACUGUGUUUGUGUAUGUGUGUGUGUGUUUGUGUCUGACUGUGUUUGUGUGUUUGUGAGUGUGUCUGUUUGUGUGUGUUUGUGUCUGACUGUGUGUGUGUAUUUAGAAGGUGGGGUGGGGGGAAGGGCUGGGUGGGGGUGGCGCGGGGGGAGGGGGCGCCUGAGUUUUGUCCUGCCUAGGGCAGCACAAAACCAGGAUACACCACUGACUAUAGUGGUCCUUUAAUGUUCUUACUGUAAGAAACCCUUUCCUUUGCCUUAGACCAGGCAUAGGCAACCUUCGGCACUCCAGAUGUUUUGGACUACACCAACCAUGAUGUUUUGCGAGCAUUAUGGGGGAUGUAGUCCACAACAUCUGGAGUGCCGAAGGUUGCCAACCCCUGCGACUUAGACAAUCUCCUUUCUUACGGUCUAAAUGUUUCCUUGUCUCCUAUGUAUAGUCCUAUUUAUAAAAAGAUUUCCAGACAAUGGUUUGCAUUGACCCUGAAUAUAUUUGUAUAAUGUUUUGAUUACUUACGUCUGGGGGGCAGUAACUAUGGUGCUUUGAGUGUUCAUUUAACAGGCCUGGAAAGCAACUUUAAACCACCCAAAAGGACAGUCACAUUUUCAGCUCUCAAAUGACUUGACUUAGAGGUACUGGGACCCUGAAUUGAACCAGUUGGUCAGUGUUACCUAUGCAUAAUGUAGAAUAUUAACCCUUCACAGAGAGACAAUAGGAGCAAAAGUAACAGUUUAAUCUGGGCCUUCGUAGAUAUAAAUACCUUCAAAUACUUCCUCACUCUCCAUUAGGGACACAAGUAACCCUGGGCAGUACUAAUCUGCACGGUGAUCUAAUGGUAUAUAAAUAUUAUCACACCACUAUGAAGUUACAUUUGAAAUUGUGGUUUAUUGCUUCAAAUUUAAACCUUUCUUUCCUUAUUGCUAUCAUUUGAUUAUUAUUAUUAUUAUCAUGCAACUCCAACAUAUUCCGUAGACUUGGAUUCCGUCAUUUUGUCCACUCCCUAUAUAAACUAUUGAAGAUACUUGAAGAAAGAAUGGUAGUUCGAUAGCGUAGAACAAUGUGUUCUGCAGCACUUUAAAAUGAUAUAGUUGGGCUAUAUAACAAGGAAUUGACAGAUACAAGAGGUGAGGCGGAUCCUUCUCAAAUGAGCUUCCGUUCUAAGAUGAAUACAAUAAAUGUAUGUUUGAAGGAAGAGGGAGAUACUGUCAAUGCAUAAAACAGGGUUAUUCAAAACCAUGUCAAGAACUUCGAAUAUAAAAAUAUUCCCAGCUGCAUUAAACUAACAGAUUUUAGUUUACUUUUUUUUUUUUUUUAUUAAAACAGGCUGCUUCCUACAGCGUUUGCCCAUUUCUUUAUUAUUAUAGUUGCUCAGGUAUACAACUUUUUCCAGAUACAAGUCAAGUACACACUGGGGACUAUGGCAUUAACUAAUACUGUUAUCAUCAAUAAAAAUCCAAUAGGCAUUCUAAAAUACAAUUCAAGAAACCAUGGUCAAUUUGAGAUUAUUUUUUUUAUUCCAAUUUUUCAAUUUUGUUCUAAAGUUUGAAAUUAACUUUACAUUCCAGAAUUGAGUGAGUUUCCCUGGCAGCCACAUGAUUCCAGGAUUCCCUCCUCCCUGCUGGCACUGUAACACUGAUAAACUAACUAGCCAAGGUGACUGGCUGGACAUUGGACUCCACAGCAGCUACCAGACAACCACCAUCACUACUACCAGAAACACACAGCUCAGCUGACAACCCAGUGUUCUAUUCCUCUACACCAGCAGCUGCCCAUGCAUGUGUCACUCAGCCAAUAAAAAAAACAAAAACAUGUAUUGGCUGAGUAGGCGUGGUUUGUACUGAGAUCGAGGUUUGGAACGCACGUUUCCCCCCAUGCAUGUGACGUCACUGAGCCGCAGCUUGUCCCUGUAGGAAGCAUCAUGGCCGCCCUGUCAGUGCUGAAGAGGCUGUGCAGUGUUGUUCUGUUUGUGUCCCAGCUGUACGUGUUCUCCGGCCGCGGUGAGUGUCAGGGCGCCUGCCAUGUCUCUCAGCAAGGGCCAGCCUUCAUUGUAUUCACUGCCUGCCCCUCUCCUGGCAAGCUGCACUGUAUGGCAGGAAGACAUGGGAGCUCCAUGAUAACAUCCACCCAACUCCUCUGUAUCUCCUCUCACUCUCAUAUAUCUGGACUGUUAACUAGCUCUGUGUUAGGGCAGGGACACUGCAGCUCACUAGGUUUUAGAGACUACAAAUCCCAUCAUCCCCAUAGUUACCAUUGACAGUUUAGAAGUGUGUUUACACCCCCCUUAUUUUUUAUUAUUAUUAUUUUCAGUAAUGUGUAACUUGUCUGCAAUUUAAAGUUCAAAAGAGCUGAACUGGGAAAAACAUAAAUCUCCAAAGUGAGCUGUAUUUUCAGUUCCCCACAUUCUUGUCAGUACAAUAUUUAACACAGGAUACAAGCAAAAAACAUAUGGGAUACGGCUGUGGAAUCUUAAAAGAACAUAGACAAAACAUAGUGUGAUACAAUUUUAACAAUGUGCGCUGUACAAAAAUGCACUCACAAGAUGUAGACAUAUUGUGCGCUCAACGGGUGCCUCCCCCGAUGUAAUUGGUGGGCUAUGGAUCCCUCUCCGCUGUCUGCAGGAUAGAAGGAAAUCAGGACUCCCGGUGGUAGUAUAAAAUAGCGGCUUUUAUUAUAAAUCAAAUAAAAUUGAUAAAACGGCAGUAGUUGUGGUCUUACACGUUUCGUCCCACACUUGGAACUUCCUCAGAGACCAUAAAAUCAAAGUAAAUUACAGAUGGUUAUACAAAGAUAGCCUAACAAUUCCCUGUCCUGCAGACAGCGGAGAGAGAUCCAUAGCCCCCCAAUUACAUCGGAGGAGGCACUCUUUGUGCGCAUAAUACGUCUACAUCUUGUGAGUGCAUUGUUAAAAUUGUAUUACACUAUGUUUUGUCUAUGUUCUUUUUAGAUUCCACAGCCGUAUCCCGUAUGUUUUUUGCUUUUCUUAUUUCACACUACUCACACGUGAUUGUGGUGAUAGUAUUGUUUUGUUCAAUAUUUAAAGGGACACUAUAGUCACCCAGACCACUUCAGCUCAAUGAAGUGGUCUGGGUGCUAGGUCCCUCAGGUUUUAACCCUUCAGAUGCAAACAUAGCAGUUUCAGAUAAACUGCUAUGUUUACAUUGCAGGGUUAAGCCAGCCUUAACACAGCCACUAGAGGCGCAUCUGUAACGCUGGGGGCAUAUUAUGCCUCCAUCGCGCAGAGCGUCGAUAGGAAAGCAUUGAGAAAUGCUUUCCUAUUGACAGCUUGAAUGCUGCUCAGCUGACGUCGGCAGAGGGAGCUGACGUCGACUGAGGAGGAGAGGACACCAGCGCCGAGGGAGCCCGGCGCUGGAAUAAGGUAAGCUGCUGAAGGGGUUUUAACCACUUCAGCGCCACGGGAGGGGGACCCUGAGGGUGGGGGCACCUUUAGGGCACUAUACAGGAAAACCACUUUGUUUUCUUGACACCUUUAACACAGACUGCAUGUUUUUUUCUUUUGUGAAAGUACAUUUUUCUGUGUAUUUAGUGGAAUAAUGGAGCUAAAAAUAAAUUGUUUACAGAUCUCUUCUUAAAAUAUUAAUGACAAUUGCACACUUUAUAUUCAUGUCUAUUAAGCUAACCAAUACAGAAAUUUACUUAAAAGUGAUGAAAUACAAAACUGCUAAACAUUGUAAAAACACAAAUCUUAAUUGUAUCUGUCUGGCUUUGCUGUCUUUCCCAUGUGAAGAUAAUAGAGUACUAGUCAUGUUCAUUACACAGGAAUAAUGUAAUGUACAUACACCAUUAGCAUUUCACAACUCUCUCGUUCAUCAAAUUUGAGCAGAAUUCUGACUACUUUAUUUAGGGUAUAGCUAUUUUUCUGUACAACAUUUGUUUGGUAAACAUCCCCAGUAGGAAAAAAAAUAUAAAGUAGAUAAUGUUAGACUACCCUUGGUAUUUAUAAUAUUUAGAGGUAUGUGUUCACUAAACUGGAAAUGGGUCAUGGGUCAUCUGGACAAGAUUUGCAAAUGAUUCUAUGUUUUAAAUGUAAAAACAGCUGCAUACGUUUUGUUUGUUUUAGUAAUGACUCUAUUUUAGCUUAUAAUCUGCAAUUCUUUAGUCAGUUCUUCACAAUUUCUAGUAUCUAUUCACUUCCAGAGACCAUUGUCUAACACCUAAAGUAGUACAGAAGUGCACCAUGUUUAAUGUAAAACAUACAUUUCUGGUAUAUUUCUGUAGACUUAUAAGCAAUUAUUGUUUUGUUUCCUUAAAAACUAAUUUGUGUCUUACUUGACUCAUUUCCUUCCAGAUGGGCAGAGCACAUGACCAGUUGGGAGGCACUACAUCUUAUGUGUCAUAACUUAACUCUUAUGUCAGCAUUUUAGGAUGGCAUAUUUAGAGUUUCUCCAAUUAAAAACAAUAUUUUAAUAAAAACACUGUUUUGAAUGGAGUAACCCUUGCUUGCACUGUCUUGCCCUUAAAAAACAAAACCAUAAACUUACCUAUGGCUAAAAUUGCAUAUCUGUAUGUGCUUUGUUUUUUUACUGGAAAGGUGCACACACAGACUCCAUAUCACUGAAUUAGUCAUGGACUCAAGGUUCUUGGAAUAACCUUGAAAAAAUGCAAUGUACAAAAUAGUAGCAGUAAACAGCAUUUUGUUUCCUUUUCUAGGGUCCUUGAGUUUGGAGCAUUCCCAGCCAGUAGCUCAAUUGUUAAAGGACGAGCUCCCGUCUUCCACAGUUCCUCCAACCACCAAAGCAACAGGUAAAUGUCAGUAUAUUUUAAUGAAGUGGCCUGGGUCCAGUGCUACUGUCUUUUGAAGCAUGCAGUGCUAAAUAUUCUUGUACUGUAGGAAUGGCAAUGUUUACAUUGCAUGGUUAACAAACCUCUAGUGUCUGUCCGGAAGACAGCCACUAGAGGCGCUUCCUCUGCAAUGAUCGGGUAAAUAUCAGUUAUAGAUGAAAUGCUGCUCCUAGCGCAAUAAAAAAAAUAAAAAAAAUUGCAGCAUUGCUCUCUACUUAAACUUGAUUUCACCCAUAGAGGUAGAACAGUGUGGCAAGGGCUUAAAGGCAAGUAAUACUCACCUUUCAAACCCUGACAUAGGGACCGACACCUAUAUAGGUCUCAGGACUGUGUAGUGCCUGGAAUACAUGUUUGUAUUCUUAACGCUGUAGUGUUCCUAUUAUUCUUUAUGAAUCCUUUACUACAAAUUGAAGAAUAAUAACUGUCUCUCCCAAAAUUUCAGUUUCUCUUUCACGUUAUCUGCAGAAAUCGGUUUAAUCUUGGACUGAUUGACAGCCGUUGAAGGCUGAACAGCUCUGGAUGUAUAAUGUGGUCGGGAGAUCUCUGCAUUGUCUGACAGUAGCAGCAAUGGGGCUGGGCUUUGCCGGUCAUGAUAGUCCUGCUCCAUGUCAAACCAAUUCAAAAACGCUUGACAGAAAACAAGGGGAGAGGGCACCCAAAGACUAUUUGCACCACAUCAAUAAUGCCUAGUGGUUAUGGUGCUUAAAGUACCCCCUUUUUAUCAGCAAAGUGUAGUGGUUAUGGUGUAAAGAGUAUUUUGUGUUUCUUCCUCUGAUUUUCUGACAGCGCAUUUAACGUGAUAACAUAUUAAUCCUGUUAAAAUGUGAUUGCAUAAAAAUCCUACUAAUUGCUUGGAAAUUGUCUUUUGUAAAAAUUUUAAAUAAAGGAAAUGUGAUAUUUGAUCUAGAUACAGUUGUAACUUUUUUGUUAUUUUUGACCACUGUUAUUUUUGAAGUUUCAGAGACACCGUCUUACAUGUCAAAAUGUCCCAGCAACGGGUUAUGCAGUAAUCUACCUUCCGCUUGUGUUAUCUGUGCUACGAACAACUCUUGUAUUUAUGGCAAGCCUGUCACUUUUGACUGUGAAGCCAAAGACCAGGUCGUAUGUGUUGUAAGUAAUGUGUGCUUUUCUUUAUUACAAACUGCCUUAUUACAUAAUAGUCUACAUAGUGACAUACAAACCUAUAUAAGCUUUUUAACCCAUUUUAACCUAGCUGUAUUUGUUUCAUAAACUCUUUGUAGCUCAAGAUAUCAGCUAACACUAUACUCCAAGCACCAUAACAACUUAUACUGUUUGCAAUGGUGAUUGUGCAAGUAGGUCUCCUGUUGUCUGCUUGUAUACAAUUGAAUAGAACUGCAACUAUUACAAAAAUCUCUUCCUCCAAAUGGUAAAGGAGAAAUAAAAGUCCUCCUCCUUCCUUCAGAAAAUAUAUAUAGCGUAUACCAGGAGUGACCCUAGGAACCUCUGGGCCUCAAUGUAAAAAUAAAAGAAGGGUUGCCCUUGUUACUCACCCCUAAGGUGUGUGUGUGGGGGAGUGAUUGGGAGCAAUUGUGUGUGAGGGGUGGUUGGUUGUGAUUCUGGGUGGGGUUUGGCGUAGUGUGAUUGUGUGUGAGGGGUGGCUGUCUGUGGUUGUGGGUGUAACCUCAUUUAAAUAUAGGUGUUUUUUUUUUUGUUUUUUUGUUUUUUUUAUCCCCCAUCUCCUGUAUACCUUCCUGGUGAUCCCAUCUGGUCCACUGGGACAGUAUACACGUGGUGGGUGCAGGCAACACAAACACUCUUCUGGCUCAGCACUCAUGCAGUAAGUGUGAACAUUGCCACAGUAACCCAGCAGCAGUGCAGUGAACCACAAUGAAGCACACGCUGCAGUAUUUUAGUAUAGUUCGGAAUCUGAUCUAAUGAAUGGAAAUGGUAUUGAAGAUCCUUCAUGGUCUGGGCGAAGCUCACUGCUGCCUGUGUGCAUGUGCAGUAUUUUUUUACUGCUAUUAUAAGAUAAUGUUUGAAAAUUAAGGUCACUUCCAACUUGGAAUGUCCCUUUAAAAGGACACCAGUUAUUAUUGCCAACUUUAUAGGAAAAAAAAAAUAGAAGAGAUCAAGGUAGGUAAGUAUUAUACAUUAUUUUUUUUUUUCUUUUCUUAAUAAAUGAAUACAGCUAAUAAUAGUUUGAAUAGUAUAAUUGGGGUAAAAAAACUGUUUUAGUUUAGCUAUUUCAGGAAAGCCUUCUAAUGAACAAAACUUUUAUUGUAGGUGACAGUUGUCCUUUAAGGUAGGUCUAACUGAACAGACUUUGAGUUUGUCUGCUUUAAAAAGGUCAAUCAAUAAUAUAAAAGUGAAUAGUGCUAACAAUUUAGGCAGUGGAUUAUACAGUCAGUUAUUACAUACAUCAUCUGACAGACACAUACUUAGCAACUCUGAAUUUACUCUAGUGCUAAUUUUGCAUUUCUUGUUAUUGUCCUUAAUAUCAAUUUCUGAUUUUAUUACAGUUUUUAUAUGCCUUUUGAAGUUGGCAAAAUAUGGGUUCAUUAUCCCUUCAUUUAUGUGUGUGGUUCUUUUUUUAUAUAUGUACAAACAGGAUGACAACCAUCAGAGGCAGAAAAAAUUCACCAUCACCAUGACCUGCCAAUAUUGUUGGCAGCUUCCACCCUCUGAAUAUGUGUGCAGUAAAUCAACCAACUGUAUGACUGUUUCCUGCCCGAGACAGAGGUACAGUGCCAACUGCACGGUAUUGGACCACGUGCACUGUCUAGGUUUGUUCUUAGUGUUUUAUUCUUUUUAUAUCUAAAUUGUUAAUGGUAGGGCAUCUCCUGAACUCCUAUUUUGUCUUAAACACUUGGGUCCUAUGUUUGUGAUAUUAACAUAUUUAUUUUAAGUAGGUGAUCAUAAAAAGAUCCCAUCUGCUUACAGAACUGUGAAAUUAUGGAAUUGCAAAUACUAUAUGGUAGACCAUAACUUUGUUAGUAGCUUGCCAUCUGCAUUUUUAAAGCCAUGUUUCCCUCUAUGAAGAUCUUAAAGGGGCACUCUGAGCAAUAUAAGCCCUACAGCUUCUUUUAGUGGUGAUGUUGUCUAGAGCUUCGUGCCUCCAGCAUCUAGUUUAGUGUCAAAACAGACUGUGAGUCUGUCAUGGGCCUCUCUCCUAUUCAGUUGCACAGAUAAUGUGGAAUUUACUCUCCCACAUACUUUGUGUUAGUUUUGGCCAACCUGAUCAGCAUUGAUUGGCUGAGAGUGCAGGAAGUUAGUCUAGCUUUCUCAUCCAGUCAGCCAUUCUAGUUGAUGAGGAUAACCUUGAUAAUGUGUAAGUGUCAAAUUUGCAUUAUCGGUGUGGGUGAAGAAAUUUAGGACUAUAGGCACUGGGAAGACUCAACGUUUAUGCUAAUCUUCUGCUAAAUGACUUCACAUUGAACUUGGGAUCAUGUGAUUAUGUUGCUUAGAGAUACAAAAAGAACCCUGCUCAUUUAAAGUAACUUCAAAACUAAGGGUGUAUUUAUAAUGCUGUUUAACUCUGUUACAUUUAUGACUUUUAUGAUUGGGUGUAUUUGAUAACUUCACUUUUAACUUGGCUGCCCUCUAUUUCGAAUGGCUAGGUAAAAACUCCCUGCAAGAAGUGUGUGGAAAUGUUGCCCCUACUUAUGUGGUUUUCUCCCCUUAAUGAUGACUGUUACGUCCCAGGAUAUUUAAUAUUAUGUUUAUUUAUCCCCUUCAUUGAACAAAUGUGUAUUUGUGAGGGAAAUAAACUUGCAUGUAGCAAUCCAUAUAUCUUUAUCAUGUAACUGGUCUCCCUAUCAGCCAUUGUUCUCAGCUUUGUACUUUGCACCUGGGAACCUUGUAGUCUGCAUUGAGAGAAAAGGGGAACUUUUCUAUUUCUCCUACUUAUCUGCAUUUUAUGCUUUGGCCGUGCCUAGACUGAACUGGAUUAUGAUGUACUUUUCUAAAUCUUGCACAUAAAUGUGAAAAAAAUUUGAGCAUCACAGGUUUAACACAACUUAUGUCCUAUUAAACCCUUAAGGACACAACUUCUGGAAUAAAAGGGAAUCUUGAUGGAACAUCAUGUGUCCUUAAGGGGUUAAAUAUUUCAUAAUGUCAAUUCUAGAGAAAUCAUAGUUCCCCUUUAAAUCGGUGCGGCUGAUAUUUGUGAAAUUUCUGAAGUCUUUAUUAAUCAACUGGUAUAUUGAAUUACUGAGGUCUAAAGUUGUGUAGGCUUAGCAAAGGCUUGCCGAAACAAUUAUUAGCCAUCAGUGUCUUACAAAUACCGUACCUUAAACUUAAAAUAUUUGCAUAGCAUUGUAUAUGUAUUUUAAAAAAAAAAAAAUUUUUUAUUUUAUUUUUUUUUUCUUCCCAAUUUAAUUGUGGUGGGUUUUUUUUUUUUUUUUACUGUAGGUAUUCGUGUUUUUCCAAAGAUGCUGUAUUGUAACUGGACAGGUGGUUACAAAUGGUCUACUGCCCUUAUAUUAAGGUAUCAACGUGGUUCAAGAGUUUACUAAGCAGAACUCAUAGUGUUGUAUAAUGUAUCUAUUUUUACACAAAUAAUAUUCACUAAAUGCCAGAUUUGCUAUUUUUAAAUGUGGGCACUUUUGCUUGGCUCAGUUCUUUGAAAUUCUACAGAUAACAUUGCUCAAGUUCAUUUUAAUUCCUAUCAAACAAAAUGAAAUUGCAAUGAGCUGCAUUGGCCACUGCUGUUUGUAAAUGGAUCUCAUUGCACCAUGGGAUUUAUUUUAAAAUGACUCAACUGAAUUGUAACCUAAUGCCAGCUGAAUUUCCCUGGGAAAACAAUUUCCAGAGUAGAGUUAUGGGGGGUUUAAUGUUAUGGGAAUCACUGGGAUUAAGAUGGGUUGGGAAUAGUCUUGGGAUGAUAUAAUGGGGGAGUUAUGGGUGCCGUGCUCCUGGUCUGUGUCAGCAGAAUUGGAUCAAAUCAGUUUGUUAACUUAUUAAACAUACAGAGAUUUGGCUGACUUGUAUUUACUGAAUAGCUGAAUGAGUUUCAUACAACGUUUGCCAUUUUUACACUAUAGUGCUGGAGUACCAUUUUAGACGCCUGGUCCUCUCAGAUUGCAGCUAUAAGGUAGUAUCUCCAUUGCCACGCUGGUCUCGCCGUGGCUGGACCCAUGUUCAUAGCUGAAAAAAACAUUGGAAGGCUAUUGCGAACGCGCAUCAAAACGCUGCACUGCUCCAAUCAGCAUUUCCUCAUGGAGAUGCAUUAAAUCAAUGCAUCUUUAUAGGGAGCAUUUACAUCUCUAUGCAGAGCACAGAGAUGCUGAAUGCAGGUGCAGCACACAGUAGAGCACUGAAAUAGGAAGCUUCUCUAGUGGUUACUAGUGUUACUAGGCAGCAAUGUAAACAGCAUUUUCAUUGCUGAGCCAGCAUGGACAUAUUAUAGAUUACAUUAAUCUGUAGUGGCCCUUUUUAGAUGUUCUAGACAGGUGUGCAGAAAUUCUAGAUGGUAAGAAUGCUUUUAAAAUUAGAAAUAUUAAUAGUUUAUUUUUAUUAAUGCAAAGUGAGUGUGUAUUCGGGUGUAGUGUGCAGAACCCUUGGAACUUGGGAAAACCCUGAAAAAAAAAAAAAAAAGGCCUGCGUGGACAAUAGAAGGAAAGAUUAAUUGAUGGGAGGAGUAGAGGGUGGAGCAACGUAUACUCAGAGACAAACCCAAGAGGGGAAAGGGUAUAGAUUAAAUAGCCAGACAGCUCGUCUUACAACGCCAUACUGCUGUUUUCUCAUUUCUGGUCAGAGGCAAGGGCUGUAACCUUCAAGAGGAUAGUCGGCUGUGGUGUGCUGAAACAGAUGCUCAAAUAAGAUUUAAAAAAAAAAUGUCAAAAAGGAAUUAAGUGCACUAAUUAUUACAAAAUACAAGGAAAUUAGAAGGCUUUACAUUUUUGUUGUUUGUGGUAUAUAUCAGUAAUAAGUGAGUGUGUGUGUGUGUGUGUGUAUGUAUAUGUAUAUAUAUAUAUAUAUAUAUAUAUAUAUAUAUAUAUAUAUAUAUAUAUAUAUAUAUAUAUAUAUAUAUAUAUAUAUAUAUUUAUUAUUAUUAUAUAUAUAUAUUUUUUUUUUUUUUACUUCUUAUUGGUGAAUUGUGUUAACGAUAACCUCUUUCUCUGCUAUCUCUAGCAUCACACUUGGUGGAUUUGGUGCAGAUCGGUUUUAUUUAGGACAGUGGCGAGAAGGACUUGGAAAACUAUUCAGCUUUGGAGGCCUGGGAAUAUGGACUUUGAUUGAUGUCUUCUUAAUUAGCGUUGGAUAUGUUGGCCCUGCUGAUGGCUCUUUGUAUAUCUAA